GGACCAUAAUGCAUUGCAGCGAAACAGUCACUAUCAUGACACAUCUUCAACAUAAGGAAAAGCUUCCUCUUUGGAAGCGUUUUAUUUGCUAACCUUGAGGAGGAGUUGGCUCCUUGCUGUUGUUAGAUUUUUGAGCAGAAACUUUGAAGGUGCCCGUUUUGACAACCGAUAAUUUCAGGCCGCAAAUGGGUGCCCUAAGUCAUAGACAGCUAGCGUUUUGAUCAGUGCUGGACAGGCUAGUAUGAGCUAACGGUAGCUAAUUGAGGAGACCGUAACGUUUAAUGUUGAAUGCAAACGGUACAGUCACCAAAGACAGCGUCUAAAACAAGGACCUAUGCCGCUAUAUCUACACGACAUGGUAUUACACAGCAGCACGAUGUAAGUAAAUCCGUGUUUACUCAUACAGUGUUCGUUUUUCCACAUUUGUUUAGUAAACUGCAGCUGGCUAGCUAAACUUGACAGCUAAGUUAGCGUCAUCAUUGAAGCCAGCCACUGCUUAAAGUAAGACUUUUCAAUAUGGUGCAACUGGACUGCAACAUUAAGCAGACUGUUUUUCUACACGAGUGACACAAUUUUCGUCCUAGUGCUGUCAUUGGCAAUCUGUUAUUGUGCUAGCGUGUUAAAUGAUAUCACGUGAAUUGUCACAGUGCAGGAAACAUAACUCACAUUAUCUCCAGUUGUUAACUUGUCUAACGUUCCGGGUGCACUUUUCGUGUGCAGUCAAUGAGGUAUUUCUCGGAAAAGAUAGCGAAAAGGUGGCAUUUUGUGAUAGUUCGAAAUAAGGACUUGAAAGUGAGAUAUUUACGUGAAUAGGGGCAAAGAUACACCAACCAGCCAUAACGUUAUGAUCACCCGGGCAGACUCAUGCAUGCAGUGCAGCAGCUUUACUUCAAAUUCUACCAUCAGGAACCUUAAUUUCCCAAAUUUCCAGUUUUUAUGGACAUGAUGAGACGGGUGUUAACAGUACUUUAUAAUAAUUGAGGUUGCAGUGGUGGUGUUCUGGAGUGUAUAGUUUGUUUACAUUAUUACUAACACGAGCGAGCAAAAUGCUGGUAACAAUAACACACUCCAGUGCACUACAAACAUCCACCAUAACUUCAACAUUUAAUUUAAAGACCGUCUGUCUUACCACAUAUACAAAAAUUGUAAUUGUGUAAGUGUCAUAACAGUAGAAUUUCUGGGAAAGCUGUUUUUUGGAUUGAAUUAGAUCACAUUAGUGUGUAUAGAGUUAUAGCAGGGCUGUGUGUGUAGGAAAAACUUCCAUGUCCAUGUGGACUUGUUGACUAUGUGCAGUUUAUUUUCCUCAUCUGACUCUUUAUGUGUAUAUAGAAAAGCUUAGUAGACAGAACAUUUGAGGUAAGACUAAACAAUGUGAAAUGUACUUUUACAGCCAAGUGUAAGCCUUAACUGAUGGGGACUUAUGUGGCUCAUUGACACCUGCCCUUUGAUAAUGACUCUCAUAUGUCUUUUGGCCUUCUUUGUUUGCACCUUAGAGACAUUUAAUAUUCAUCUUCCAUAAAUUCAUCUUCAAAUCUAUUGCUGGUAGUUUUUUAAAGUUAAUACUUUCUGUGGAAGUCAUUAAGUUACCACAUUGUUAAAAUGAAGUUUCACUUUUAUAGCUUCUGUAUGCAUUCAAUAAUAUCCAUCUGGGCAGUUCUGAGACAGAAGUUGAUACCGCACUGGAUAUGAUGUGACAGGAUUAGAGAUUAGACAGCAUCACCUAUAGAAUCUGCAUGUGUGAACCCCUCCCCCAAAUUUACCUCAGUGGGUUUCUCAGCUGGUAAUUCCAGUUUUGGAGGUAACCUAGUUUGUCAAUUUAAACCUGACUGCAAUUUCUUUUGUCUUUUGCAAUGGAAAAACUGCUGAUGCCCAACACAGUUAGAACUAUUUAUGCUUGAAAUUGAAAAGGUCCCACCAGGAAUUAAUGAGCUACGACACCAGUAUGCCAUUUCAGACUUUAAAGGUCCAGUGCUUGUUGUAUAACCAUGAGUUUAUUUUGUGAAUCAACAUCCUAAUGUGAGACAGAUUCCUUCAUGCACUUUUGGAUAUGUGCAACAAAGAUUUAAUGAUGCCUUCAGUGUGCAAUUAAGUGCAAUAGAAACAAGUUACAGAUCAAAUGUUUUUUCCUUGAUUGUGUUACAAAUGCUGAGUGUUAAAUCAAUAAGUCGAUAACUGUAGGUCAGUAAUAUGCUCUUGGCUUGAUGCGUACCAAACCGAAACAUUAUCUGUUUACAUUUCUCGUUUUAUCUCCCUCUUUUCUUUCUCCCUUACAGCAAGUCUGUAAACACACUCGAGUGAAAUUACAAGCUCCAGUGGAAGAUGAACGCAUCCAUCCAAUGGUUUACCAUGAAUUUCCCCUGAAGUGGGAGGCUGUUGUGAGAAAAGAAAGAGGAGGGUGGCACGCAAGGAGAUCAUAAACAAGAGUCAUGAAUCUCCAUCAGGUCCUCACAGGGGCUGUCAACCCUGGAGACAAUUGUUUCUCUGUAGGGAGCGUCAACAAUGUGCCAUUCACGGUAAGAUAUUUCAAGCUCUGGUUAUAUUCCCCUCCAAGCUAUGUAUGAUAUCUGAUUCGAAGCAGGAGGUCAAGCUGAUCUGUCAGAACACAUUUCUGUUCAUCGAACCUCUUAUGAAUGGAAAAGCACAGUGUGAAAAGGUACUAAUGCUAAGAGGGCUUUACAAAUGGACUUCAAACUCAUUUAGAGUGGUGAACCUGGCUUUAAAGGGUCCACAAAGGUAAUUUGAAGUUCUCCAUUCAAUAAUUGCUUGAUUUAUGUAUCCCAAACGAGUUAGAUGCAGAUGCAACAAAAGAUCCACAGAAGGUAGAAAUUGCCAUAGUACACACGCUAAAUGCCUUUACAAUGUUUUACAGUUUCAGAGGACUUUGAUGGCAUUCAUUUGCAGGGUUUGGUACCUGAUUAAAAUGGCAUCCCAGAACUGAUAGCCCCCUAAGGGUGUAACACAUUGCUUACUAAAAAUUCAAGCUGUCAGGAAGAAUAAAGCUUACAGAUAUGUGAAAGUGUUUCUGUCUAAACAAAACACAAAAAUAAGUUCUCAGAAACUUUUACUAAAAUUUGUGACGUUAAUUACUCUGCACACCUAAAAUUAUGUUGUUUGGGCUUGUCUAUAUCAACUAUUGAGGAUAUCACAGGUGGCAUCACAGCAAAGCCAUUUUAGGAUUUUAUUUCUAACUAUGUUGAUGCGCUGUGUUUUAUUUUGAUAAAGUCAGAGUGUUGAAACAGGAUUGAUAUCAAGUUGUUUAGUCCUCAGACCUCCAACAGGCUUGCAAAUACUCAUUAUUUGUUAAUCACAUACUUCAUCCUCUUUGUGGGAUAUGAGAUAAGAAAGAGCUUUCCUUACUCAAAAUGUGGAUGUCAAAGCUUAACAAAUUCUUAGUCAUAUGAAGAUUGAUCUUAUCUUAAAUCAGAAUAUAGACACUUUUAUGUCCUUAUGAUAGUUGCUGCAUAAUUUAGGUUUUAACUAACACUGUUAAAGCACAUCCUCAUGCUGCAGCAGAUUUAAGAAAUGCAAGAUGAUUUUCUGCAUGUCUGACAUAAAAAAGCAGUACAUCUGACUGCUCUUGCAUUCUGUUAUCUCAAAGGAAACUCUGUGAGUUACUACUCCCAUGCUAGUCGGAGAAUGGAUCAAUAGAAGAACUAUUUCUGUUCCUCUGUCCUCUUGAAAAGGAGGAUCAGUCACAAUGAGCACAUCUCAGCUCAUGUCAAGAUCUCCUUCUGUGAGCCACUGAAAUAGAGGGCAGAAUACUAAUCUUAUCUGCUUGUACUGCUGAGCUGUCAUACGGUGACAUGCUUGAUGCGGUAACACUGACUCCAAGACAAGUUUGGUUCAAGUAGUCCUUCUUGCAAUUCCAAGUGGGUGGAUCUGAAUGUCAUCUCAAUCUCUGUCCCCCUCUGCUGUCUUUUUGUCUCUUGACAGGCCUACGCAUCGGGUUGUGACGUGGUGAUUUUGGGCAGUGACUUCGAGCGACUGCAGAUCAUCCCAGGGGCCAAACAUGGGAACAUUCAGGUCGGCUGUGUUGACUGCUCACUGCAGGGCGGACAGGUGAGGGUGAUGGAGAGAUGCACUGUCAUGUUGGGUCCUCGGGCUGAUUUGCAAAGAGGAAGGUUUCUAAAACGUCUUAUCGUUUGGUUUAAGUAGAAAUACUUUACAUGAACGUAAUUUCUUUAAUUUUCAUAGGGUGUAUUUUCUUAUUCCAGCUCUCACUUUUUAAAUCAGAGGCUGAAAUUGUAUUCUAGAUGAAUGAGCCUACAGGGCAUGCUGUAUAUUAUGCUGCUUGAAUAGGCAAAUAAUACAGGUUCUGGUAUUACAACUGCAACAUACUCAUCAUACCAAACUGUCACUACAAGUCUAGAGUUUGAUAUAGACCAACUUACAGAAACAGGGAAGUGGUCUAAAAUGAGAAAGUGAAAGCACUUACAGGUGUAUUUUCAACAGAAAAAUGAUCAACAGGUUUUCUUACUUUUACUUAAAGGAUUACAAAAUGAAGGUUUGGGAUAGGCAGGCUCACUCAUACCCCCGUAUGCCGCUCCUAUGAAUUCUACCAAAACUUUCCCUCUAGGUUCUUUUUAGAUUUCCCAAAAGUAAGCUGUUUUGCAAGGCACAUUUUUGGCAAACUUUGUUGCUCUUUUUGAAAAAGGAUUGGAAGCUUUUCAGAAAGGCGAUUUGUUGGCAACAGGGAAGACUCUUAAUAAACUAAGACUUCCUGUCAUUAACUCCAAGUGAGAGAAGGGUUCACACAGUAAAACAAGUGAUGGUAUAUCAGGCUCUCUCACUGAUUUGGUGCCACUCGUAAUGAAUUAGAUAACCCCCAAAUUUUGGCCCAGACAAUGGUCUUUUGUGCUUUGUUUGCAAUAUGUGUCUGAAACAAAUCUGCAGAAAUAUCCUGAAUUAUUGUUAUUCAGCUGCCCUCAUGUUAGCACAUGUUACGAGUUUGUUUGUGGUUCAUAGACAAAAAAUGUUUGUGUUUUUACUCUGUGUUCGCAGCUGUAAUAGUAUAAAGUGGGAUAGGAUUAUGUUUUUUCCUGGGUUGUGGUACUGGCUGAUUUCCAUGUUGGCUUAAUGAAAGAAAAUUGGUACAAUUUGUCCUGGUUAUAAAUAAAAAUAAAAACCAGAAAGAGGAACGACAUGCUGUAUUUUGUUAAGGCAAGGGUUUCAAGAUUAGACUGCAUUGUUUGAUAUACAAGAAUUAAUGUUAAAGUUUGUAAAGUUGAAAUCAACAACAUGUUUUGGACCUUUCCCUGUGGUCUGAUGCCAUAAAAUCUCUUUGCAAAGCUGCUAAAGGUCAAGCUUGAAUCUCCUCAAUCUGUGUGGUAAACCUGUGCAGGAGUUGUUUAUUGUGGUAUCACUAUAGCGCUUGUGUUGUUAAGACAUCAGUGGCGAGGAUUUUCAAAGAACGUGUGUCAUGUUCAGUAUUUUUUGUCAGCCUGUCACUUUGUCCGAGGCUGAGGAAGUGCUGCUUCCUCCAGUGCCAGUAAGAGCGACCCAUGCUGAAUUAUUAGUAUGGUUACAUUGUUCACAGUUUCUUUUAGUUACUGACUGUACUUAAUCAAAUCAAAUUGAAGGAUCCCAGGAUAAUUCCAUCUGCAAACAUUUCACAAAUAACAUCAUAGAUAUAUUUAAGGUAAAAGACAUUAAUUCUAGGCUAUUACAAUAACCAGGGUUUCAUUUUUAAUUAUCAAUGUUGGCUGCCUUGUUAAAGUACAGACCAGAUUUGAUUUGAAUAAAAGAAAAAAAAGCUCAUUCAAACAUUCACCACCCCUCAUGUGAUGUUUAAUCCAAUUCACUUGGGCCAGAAGUAACCUCACAUGCCUCCAGCAUGGUCUAGCAUCUGUAAAAGCAUGCCCUGUGUUGGUAUGCAUACUAGCUCCACUUCACUGCCCACUGCUGUGAUAUUCUGCUGUGAACAAAUACAGAAGUUUUUUUAAGCAAAAUAAGUUCACCACAGACAACCAACAUGCAUAUCAAGAAGGUCUUUGUACUGGAGCAGCUCUAACACAGACGACAGAUGACUGCCUCCAGUUAAUUGAUAAUAAUCACCUUGCUGGAGUAGUAUUUCUUGAUUUUAGCUCUGAAUUUGAUGUUCUUGAUCAUAAAUUGUUAUUACACAAAUUGAAAUGCUACAAAUUCACACCAAGAACAGCAAGCUGGUUUAAAAGUUAUUUGUGUAAUAGAAGGCAGUAUGUAUUUUAUAAUGGUAGCUUUUCAAAUAUGAAACAGUUGCAAUGUGGUGUACCGCAUGAUUUUAACAUCUUGUAUAAUUCUCCUGUUUGGACUUUUAUCAUUUUAAUGUAUACAAAUGUUUACUGUCUUCUCGUGGACCCCAGGAAGAGUAGCUGCUACCUAGGUAGUAGCUAAUGAGGAUCCAAAUAAAUAAAUAAAUUUGCAAUGCUAGUAGUUUACUCAGCUUGAUGAGUUUACAUCUCUUAUGGAGUUACAUUAAGAGGUCAAGCUCACAGCUGCAUAUUGAAGGUAGAAGAGCAGCAACAUGUACUUCAUUUUAUCUUGUACCCCGUAAAGUCAGACUUUAAUUGGUAGUCUUUCAGUGGCUGCUUGGUGUCAUCAUUGUUUUAUUUCAGGAUGAUUUUUGAGAUGGAAAACAAGCCUAUCUAGUAAAGGUCUCUGAGCUGCAGUACCAAACAUGAGUCAGUUUAUGAAGAUUUGACCUUGACACACAGGAGCACGUGCUCUAUCAUGUGACGCAGGGGAUCCAAAGAAGUUUUUAUAUUUUAGCAGUGUAAGUCCACCUCAAAGUCUUAGUCAGGGCUUUGUAGAAGUUCAAAAAAGAGAAGUCAUUAUAGCCACAAGAGGAAGGCUUAUUUUUUCCAGCCUCUUUUUACCUAAAGUAGCAGAACACACCCACAGUACUGGAGAAUUUGUUCCCUGGACUGUUGCAACAGCACAUAGUCAGUUCUUUGACUGUGGGGAUGUGUUGUACUUUGCUUUGCACCGGGAAAUGGGAGGAAAAUAAACUGCUUUAAAAAGAGGAUAUGCUAUCCUGAUGUAUCAUCAUCACACCAUUACAACUGUCUGCCUAGAAGGAUCUUUGGACUGUGCCUGAGCACACAAAAGCUUUUGAUAUGUGUUUCUAUGUUAACUGAUGCAAGCGCAUCUGCAUGUGUUGGUGUGUGAUCAGACUCCUUCAUGGUCUUUAUUAUUGAAUAGUCUGCAUAGUAUUUACCUCAGUAGAGACACGGCUUGUAUUAUCUAGCACCCUGACCUUAUUGAGCCUAGCAUUUGUAGUCACUGACACAGAAAUACCACCAUUCAGUCAUGUUUAACAUUGUGACUGGGGUUUUCAUGGAAAACACCUGAGCAUGUAGCCCUUACCAGAACACCAAUUUAACAGACAAAACUAUGCUGACAUAAUGAGGGGUAAUUACAGGAUUAAGUUAUUUUUUUCCCCAUAGGUAAUUACUGUUGAGAGAAAUAUUUUUGUUACUGUGUUCACAUCUUGAAAAAGGAUCGACGCUAAUCAUUUACAGUCAUAUUUAAAAAAUGAAUAUUUGCAGUGUAGCCCAAAAUGUGUUGAAUAAUAUGUGUUUAUUGACAGUGUGUUUUCAGCAGUGCCAUUUAUUCCUCUGUAGAAAAUAUAUCUUGGUAUUAAACUUAUCUUUUUUUGUUUUUCUGCUGGCAGAUUGCAGCUUCCUAUGGAAGCAUUGUGUGUGUCUUUGAGCCUGUUCAGCAAGCACAUCAGAAAGACGCAUCUCAGGCGGUGAGUAGCCUACCUUGAUCUUCCAGUCACAGUGUGGUCAUGAGUGUUUUCAAAUCAUCUGAGACCUCUCUCUUUUUUCACAACAUGACAUUUUAAACAGAACAGAAUAUUGUUUCUCCAGAUUUAUCAGAGAGUCACCAGAAGAGCCCCAAACAUUUCAAACACACGCUCAUUUCCUGCCGACAUCCUGUUUGAAGUCUUGCAGUCUUUGUCAUGUUUACUGUAUAUUUCUGUCCUGAAGUCAGUGCAGAAGUUCUCUGUGUCAGUGUCUGUUUUCAGACAAGUCAGAGAACAGUCACAGGGAAUGGAAAGAUUUCACACAUUUUUGACCAGCUCACAAAGUACUUUUUUUAAUCACACAAGUUCCUUGGUGUUUCAUCUGCUUUCUGCUUCAUCACAUGUGCCUCACAUGACAGCAGCUUCACGACUGGUUCUUAUUACACGGUUGCAACCACUGGUACUGGGAACAAUAUUUCAUCCUAAAUUUAAUGAAUGGUUUCUUUCUUUUAAAUAGAAGCUGACCUGCCAAUGGCAGAAGACCGGUCAGUUUGUCUUACAGUCUAUGGUACGAAACCUGGCCUGGCAUCCUACAGGUACUUUGAUUUUGAAGUGCUCUCUUGUAGUGACACAAACAUCAUGUCUUAGAGAAAAUAAUGGUUUGAUGCUUUGAUUCCAUUGUCUAAAUCUUCCUAAAUUGCCUUUUUUUUAAAAAUAAAUUUCAAUAAAGAAAUAGUUUCCGUCCUGACUCAUUUUUUAAUGCAUUCAGGCAGCACUCUCUUAACUGGCUCCACAAGCCUCCAGUUGUGGUCCCAGUUUGAUGCAGUGAAAGAUGAAGCAGAAGACGGAGGUAUUCAGACAAAAAUGACCAUGAGAGACUCUCAGUCUGGCUGGAAAUGCAUCUGGCACUGCAAGUAAGAACCCUCAAGAACAAAACCUGCACAUAAAGCUUUGUAACAGGGAUAUUGCUCACACCAAAAUGAACUCAAACUCUUUUUCUUUUAAGCACAGUUUUUUUUAUUAUAGGUGUAUUAAGUAAUUAAAAAAUCACCUAGUUCAGUUUUUUUUUCUAAGAUUUUGUUUAUUUCAUUUUUAUUCAUCUCAGACUUCUACCAAAGUUUUAAAUUUUAUAUGUAUUGAUACAUAACUCUAUUUGGUCUGAUGUAUGAUGGUUAUGUAACUUUAGUAUCUCUCUUCUGAAAGGACGGCCUCUCCAGUCAGUUUGAUCAAGUUCUCUCCUGACGGGGAAUUCUUUGCUACUGCUGGACAGGUUUGUGUAUUUGGAUGCAAAAUUGCUUUUGCAAGUCAUGUUUGCAUUGUCUGUUUGUACUGCUAGGAUGUAAACUCGGAAGUAAAUGUAAAGCAACUUUUAGUUUGACUUUUGGCCUGUGGCCAUUAAACUUACUAACUUUAUCUUCAGCAUGACAUCAUCUAGAUCUGUUUAUAUCUCUUGUUCAGGAUGAUUGCCUCGUAAAGGUCUGGUACAACACCAGUAAGUGGAAGUCAGGGGUUUCCAGACUUUUUAAACCUCCAGAACCCAGUGUCAGUGUCCAGGGAGAGCUGGCCUUUUCCUUUGUCUACCUGGCCCAUCCCCGCUCUGUUACUGGCUUCUCUUGGAGGAAGACCAGCAAGUACAUGCCACGGUAUGAGCAGCAUCAUUAUCUCCUUUUGUGCGAAUAUGAUUCACUGUUCUCCUUAACAGGUUUAUUCUGAUCUGGGCCGACACAACUGAGAGCAAAGAAAAACAAAGAAAUUUAAGUACUCAUUUGGAAAAACCUGUUUUGUUGUUUGUUUGUUUUUUACUUGUUCUACUAGCCAGACAGUUAGCAUUCAGCUUCUUGUUUAUUUUGAUGGCUGAUGCAUUCGUGUAAUUUGUGGAUUAAGUGAAAGAGGGAGUUUGUGAAAGGAGGCUGUGAGUUCAGCCCUGUUUUGUUGCAGCAUUGCUAGCCUUAUGUGACCUGUCAUUGUUCUCUGCCUGAAAUCACAACCUAACCCAGGUCACAGCAGGUUUGGCUCACAGGAAACUUAUUUUUAGAAUAGACGAGAAAGCAUUAAAUGUUUGGCUUCAUUUCUAAUCAUCAAAUUACUUAAGACACUUACUCAGUAGUAAAUAAAAAGCCUUCUUGUCCCUAAGCUUGUUCAACUGAAUAAUACAGGCCUCAGUGAGGAAUGCAGCAGACAACAAAUAGUCAAUAAAACAAGAUAUGUUUUUUUCUUGGCCAUCGUUGUGUUAAAUGUUGACCACAAUUUUGUAGUCCAUUUCAUGUAUUCAUAUUUGACCUGCUUCAAAUAAGUAGAGCUAUUAUUCUCAGGGUUUAGGGAUCAGGAGAAAGACAGCUCUGUAUUGUCCUUUGUGACAUCUUCUUUCUUCUCUCCCUCCCUCCAGAGGUGCAGUGUGCAACGUUCUGCUCACCAGCUGUAAGGACAGCGUGUGUCGGCUCUGGGCUGAGACGCUGUUGCCCGGAGACAGCCUCCUGUCAGGUCACAAUAACAACCAUGCUAGCCAGCAUGGUGACUCACACAGAUGUGCUGACCCUUCAAGGAAAAACACCUGCAAUGGGAAGAUGCAAGGACAAACAUCACAGGAAGUAAGCCAUUCUUCUACAGUUUUUGCCUCUAUAAAAACUCUAUAACAGCAAAGUCCAAUGAUAAUUGAUUCCUCAAAUGAGGAUUUUGACAGUCUGACAGUUUUUAUUGAAACCACUAACUUUAAUAACCCUGACAGGGGAGUCCUGAAGCAACUAAUUUGCUGGCCGUUUAUAAAUUCUGUUUCAUUUUUCUAUGUGAUUUGUUUUUUUUCCCUUUUUUUUGCAUUUUAACUGCACUUAAAAAUCAAGAAUCAAAUGCAAGUAUAACACAAACACAAUACAUAAAAAACACAACACAAAGCACUAUUUAUUUAACACAUCUUAACUCUGGAUCACUGGGUCUGUAGGUAAACCAAGAGUUUAAAAAGAUGUCACUCCCAGGAGUUUUUCAAGUGAAAUGCGUUGGUUGGACGUGAAACAAAGAAAGAUUUCUGCCUAAUUUUCCUGCUCUGACAAGCACAUACCUUCAUCCAUUCAUGGAGGACACCAGGCUCUUUGACUUUCACAGUUGUGGGAAUGGAAUCCUCUAAGUGCUCGGGUACAAUAGUUGAUAAAAGAAAACAGUAUUUGAGAAGUUAUACAUCAGUAUAUAACUAGACACAGUGUACAAAUAGCUUUCAGACUACUGCCAAACAAGCCAUGCUGUAAGAAAUCUGUGCUUGUUUCCAUCUUGGUGGUGGCGCAUCAUAGCAUUAUGGCAGGGGCCAUGAACUGGAGCUGCAGCCCCAGCUGGUGCUGGAUGGCUGUGUUAAAGAAUCAGAAUCAGAAGGUGUUUUAUUGCCAUUGUCAAUGAACAGGAUUCACAGACUAGGAAUUUGUUUUGGCAUGAUGGUGCAACAAUAAACAGAGAGAAAUAUAAAAUACUAGAAUAAAAACUAAUAAGAGCAUGCAAGAAAUAUAUAAAGUAUAAAAGUAUAAAAAUAUAAAAGUAUAAAAGGUUAUGUACAAGCCUAAAUAAAAUGAAUGAUUGGCAUUUCAGACUGAUGACAUUAAAAUAAUUGGUUUAACCAGCUAGAAAAUUUUGCUGCCAGAACAACAAUAUUUAGUUCUUUAGUCAACAAAACAGACAGUCAACAGUCUCUACGAGUCUCCAAACAGUUCAAACACAAACUUCAUUAAGGUAGAGUAGCAGGACUCUUCUGAACUCACUAGUUUUUUAACAGCAUGUGUAAAUAUCUGACCAAACAAAUAACAAAUGUUUAUUCUUUCGAUGAGAGGAACUCGGGUACAACAGGAGCCUAAAUUCCAUCUUCAUAUCAAACUUGUAAAAGAAAUACUCUCUACAUUAACUCAUUUCUCUAAAAUAGUUGUAACAAAAUUGCAUCUGUUUUUGGAUGUCUGUAAAAAUGCCUCUCUUUCCUUUCUAUAAAGAUAUCACUGCCAUGUUUCAGCAUUGUAGCAGACAAAUUGGGAUGGUUUGCGAAGCUUUCUCCUUGAAGUGCUCUGUUAUUAAACUUGAAUCAAAGAAGUGCUAGUUUGGAGCAGCACAAUUUGUUUUUUUAGUCAAAAGCAUCUCCUAAAAUACUUUAAAUUUUUAAGAUCAAAAGCAUUAUUUAAAACGUAUAAAGCUGAGUCAGGCUAAGAAUAGGGCAGCCUUCGACAACAAAUGCAAAAUUCACCACAUUUAUAGUAGCAGUGUGAACGGAUAUGAUACAAGCGCUGUGAUCUCUGGUUUGCCCUAUUUGGCCUGGCUACUGAACUUUCAUCAGUGCUAAUGUAGGCCAUUAAAGCACUGCAGAGAUGAGAGAACAAGAAAAGCCAAAGGAGACUGAGAGGGAAGAUAGAAAAUCAGAGGCUUAAUGGAGUUAAAAAGAAAAAUUAAUUGGCUAUCAGGCAUGAGGAUGUGUUUUGAAGCUUUGUAAGACUCAAGAUGAGCUUCAGUGAACAAUACUGGCCCUUUCUCUGUGAUCUGAGCAACACCUCCAACAUGAUAUUUUGACUUUGGAUGCAGCAGCUCCUUCACCUCCUAAUUGUUCUGUUUCACUAUGCUUUAAAUGAUAUAUGUUGUAGCUGACAGCCCAGGCUAGGCUUAAGACACAAUCAACAUCCUCUUUUAAUAUGGACAUUUAGAGGGUUACGGAUCUCAGCGGUACUGACAAUGCCCAGGGCACAGUGGAUUACAAGAAAAAUAGGUAUGCAAAUUUCUCUACUGUGCCUCAGGGAGAGUCUGUUAGAGUACAUGUGUGGAAUUAUUCAUUAAAAUCCCAGACUGCUGGAUGAUUCAGGCAGUAAUCUGAGGUAAUACUUUCUCAUAAGUCUGAUGGAUGGACGAUUCUGAAAGGACGCCAUGUAAAAUCCACUUUUGUUUGACAUCUUGUGAUUUAAUGACAGUUAAACUUUACUUGCUAAUCAAUACAGCUAAUGAAGCCCAAAGUGUCUCUGUGUGGAUGCUAACAAGACCCUCCAGAGCAGACAGUGGUUUGCAAUUUAUACUGCAAUCUUAUUUUUCUUCAUUGGCAUUUAAUGGUGCAUACUAAAUCUCUUAAUCUCUAUGGGUAUUCAGCAUUUGAAACAAGGGUUUCUCUUUGGGUGUGAGGAGCACACACCUGUCUGUAAUACUUAGAGAACUACAGCCUUACAGCUUCAUGAUGUGACUCAUUCUUCACCAGAGGAGCUGUGAUAUCAAACUGCUGUUUCAGUUCUUCUUUAGGUACAAUGCAUUUCCUCAAAACAACAACAGCCCACCAUUUAUAUAACCUAAGUACCAAAUUAAGAUUUAAUUUCACUCCCCUUUAAACACCUCUCUUGCUUAGCUGCUUGUUUCCCCCUGUCACCUCUUGAGACAAAUUGGGUAGUUAACUUAAAUGUCCUUUAAAGUCAAUAACAUUAAAUAAAACUUCCAUCCUGAAGAGGAAUGUCUGUUCAUUAAAGUCGAGUAGCCCAGCUCUAGCCCAGAGGAGAAAGGCGAGGCACAAGUGGAUUUAUUCACAUCAGCCUCAAAAAGCAGGUUUAACCUGCAGCUCUCUGUCUUCCUGAAUGGGAUAAUAGAGACGUUCGGUGUUUCGUCUGCCUGACCUUCCUUAUUAAAUACUUGUUGCCCUUCAGGUUACUUUAAAGACUCAUAAUCUCUAUGUGAUUCAUGAGUGACAUGCAUAAUGGACAAGAAAGACUGAUAAAUGGAAGGCAGUUGACUUUUAUUAGAUACACCAGUAGAUAAAUGUUCUUUAUUCAAUCAGAAUUUCAAUUUGUAAGAAGCUGAAGCAGUCAUACACAUAGAGAGAUUUACUUGCGAUCUAACCUGAAUAUAAAUUCUCCUUUUAGUUUAAUUUUCAAGAAUCGUCGCAUGCCUCUUCCUGCCGGGAUGUGCCUCAGCCCUCUGUGACUGGCUGCCUGCCUCACCAUCAGAGUCUACACUACAAGCACAAGAGAGUUAGCAGCCACAUGCCCCAUGCCAACGCUCUCUGCCACUUCCACAUUGCUGCCAGCAUCAACCCUGCCACAGGUGAGGGUCCUGUUGAUACUUUGGAACUUUAAACAAGUUAUUAACAUUUUAGUGACACAUUCAAAGGGCUUUCCAAAAAAUACUGACAGUACAAUAGGCCUUAGGUUUCAACUUUAUAUGAAUUAUUCUGAAGCCGUACACUACAAAGCUACUGAGCUCUGCUUGGAUAAAGUCAGGUCAGAGGGCUUCACCCUGAAUUUCUUACAGAAUAAAUGCUGUUGACUUUGUACUUUGCCGGGGGUCGUAUGUUUAACUCCUAGCAGAGUGUCGGUGCUCAGUGAAAGCUGCCCACAGUAAUUGUGAAGCAUUUUUAUUUCUUUCCUCUUUGUGUCUUUGACCUAAAUAGGGCCAAAUGUUGUGGAUUCCUGCAGCCUCGAGGCUGAGAAGCCUUGUAGGAUUGUAUUUGUAUGCUUGAGUUAUGUUUUAGCAUACUUCAAAACACACUCUGGUCCCGGAAAGUUAAUCUGCCUCAGUUGAUGUCUAUCACCCCGCUUGACCCUUGACCUAAUCCGAGUUCUCCUUGUUCUUUCCAGUCUUUUUCUAAACAUUGUAGUAAUAUUAUCACCUCUUUUCUUUAUCUCAGACAUUCCUCUGCUGCCCUCCAUCUCCUCGAUGAGUGGUGUUGACGACGAGGAACCUGGAGGUCCUUUCACUGUCCACUGGCUUAACAACAAAGAGCUUCAUUUCACAUUAGCUAUGGAAGUCUUCCUGCAGCAGCUCCGAGGCAGCCUUGAGCAACAGCGCGAAUGCUCCAUUGAAGGUACAACAAAGAAAACUAACACAUUAUUUGAAAUGGUCUGUGUACCAAGAUGGAAAAAUUCUAUCAAAAUGAGACUUGGCAGACUGUGGCAUGUUGCACUGUGGUCUGUUUUCUAUAGUGUGUGCAUUUACAUCAAGGCACCAUCUUUUUCUUUCUCCCCCAGAACCUGAAGACGAAGAUAACUUUGAUGAAGAAGAUAAUGGCAACAGACCAAAUGACAACCAAGGACCUGAUGCUGUGGAGCUUCCUCUGGCAGCUGUGAAGCACCAGGUGGACGUGCUGUUGGAGGAGUGGAACAAAGGGGCAGACAUGUUGUUCAGCAUCCAUCCAAUGGACGGCUCUCUGUUAGUCUGGCAUGUGGACUGGUUAGAUGAAUACCAGCCAGGCAUGUUCAGACAAACUCAGGUACUUUUUUUCCUUUUAUGUUCAUGCAAAUCAGUGCACAGUUAAACGUAUGUGGAUGCUUUAAUUGUCAUCUUUUUAAUUAGGUGAUUGAUGGGCGUUUAUCCUCCACUGUUGAUCAGGGUGAUAUAUUACUCAGCAUGCACAGGCGUGUUUGAAACAAUCAUGUUCAAAACUGAAAAUCUUUGAUAUUCACACGUCUUUAGGUGUUUAGAUAUUGAAAAGUCAACCCUUUCAAGUAGUUCUGUAAAAACAAGAAAAAGAGAGAGGCUGUCUUUUCAUGGUCUUUCUUGUACUUGCAUCAUAACACUUACUCGUGUUAACACAGCCGCCUGUGAACAGUCAUGCAUCGAUUAUUCAUUUUGGUAAGUCAUGUAGAGAGCUGACCAUAAACCAAGAAUAAUGGCUUUUCAGAAAAAGCCUCUUUAUUUUCCCGACUCUAGCGGCUUGUUUGUAUUCGCAGCUGUAAGAGGUGCUUUUCAAGAAAAAUACUUGGAUCAUCUCUAUGAGGUUGUGAAUCAAUUAAGUUGCUAUAAUGGUCCAGCUCCCUCUCUAAUGGCUUCCUAUCCAGCCUUUCACAUAAUUGUAUUCUAAUUAUAGGUGACUUAAGAAUCAAAUACAAAAGCCCCUUGAUGCAUUUCUAUUAGUGCAAAAAUAAUGAGAAACAUAUACCUCGGCAGUUAGUCAAUUAUGCCAGGAUAGCUUGAAGAAUCCAAGUGCCAUCUGUGUCAUAACUACAUUAACAAGGCUAUUCAGGUUGUCUAAACUGUGUGCUUAUUCAAAUCCAUUGUCGCUUCACUGACAGUGUCUUUUUCAUCGAUUGCUCAGGGCUGAUUUAGGUUUCACUGCUGCAAUGUCUCUCCUUUUCUCCUAGGUGUCGUUUGUGUCCCGUAUCCCUGUGGCGUUCCCCACAGGUGAUGCAAUCUCUCUCAGCCACAGUGUUGUCAUGUAUGCCUGCAACAAGAAUGUGGAUCUGGCAAUCCAACACGGCAGACAGCGACCGCCUGGAAGUACUUUGCCUCAAGCUAAAUCUGCCCUAAUAAGCUAUGGAGGUCAAGGAAAAGCCGCGCCCAGUAGUAGUCUUCGCCUCAGUAUUUUCACCCCCAACGUCCUUAUGAUCUCCAAACACGCUGAUGGCUCCCUGAACCAGUGGGGCGUCAGCUUUGCAGAGGACUCUGCUUUCUCCACUGUGCUUAGCGUCUCUCACAAGUCCCGGUACUGUGGCCACCGCUUCCACCUCAAUGACCUGGCCUGUCACUCAGUGCUCCCUCUCCUCCUCACCACCUCCCACCACAACGCCUUGAGGACGCCGGAUGUAGACAGCAUCCUGGCCCCUUCAGACACCUGCUCUUCUGGUUUCCCUCAUUCAACGUCUCUGCCUCAUCGGUCACGGUCCAGCAGAGGGUCCCUCGGUUUUGUCUCCCAGGAUCCCAAUGCUAUUUACAGUGAGCUGAUCUUAUGGAGAGUGGACCCUGUGGGCCCACUGUCUUUGUCUGGCGGGGUCUCUGAACUCGCUCGCAUAAAUUCUCUCCAUGCAUCAGCCUUUGCUAAUGUAGCCUGGCUGCCCACACUCAUUCCCAGCAGCUGUUUGGGUGAGUAGAUAAUUAAGUGUAUAGAGACUGCUUGGAAAUUUGCCCCUGCUGCUACAAUUAAAUGUACUUUCUCUUGUUUCCUUGGUUGUUUUGGCUUUAAAAUGAAAAAAGAAAAUGCAGUUAUCCUUUUUUCAACUGACUAUAUUCAGACUGUAUGAGACAUAACUCAUACAAAUGAAGAGAACAAGAAAGAAACUCUAUGAAUCAAAUAACAGAAGGCUUUAACAAUUGCCUCUCUUUGAGUAGCUGUAAGACUGAACUAAUGAUCAACUGUAUUCUGUAUCAGUUUAAUAGUUUGUUUUAAAAAGGGAGCAGUUGAAGUAAACGCCAUUGAAUUGAUUUUCUCUCUACAGGUGUGUACUGUAACUCUCCCAGUGCUUGUUUCGUGGCAAGUGACGGCCACUCACUCAGGCUUUAUCAAGCCGUUAUUGAAGCGAAGAAACUCCUGAGCGAGCUCUCCAACCCAGAGAUAUCAGUAAGUCAUCAAAAAGGAUCCGCAAACUGGGGAAAGGCCCCACAGGGUACAGUCAGCAAUGCAUUGUAAAAAAAAAAAAAAGUUAUUGCACACCAAUAACAACACAUCAAGGUUUGCCCUGCGGCCUUGGCUGAAUCACUGGGAUAAUUAGGUGUGGAUGAUUUGCUGGUUUAUUAGUGUCACCUUUGGUUGACUUGAUAAAUGACACAUGGGCACAUCCAGGCAGCUGUGAGAAUUCAUCUGUAUUCAAUUUGAAUAGAGCUCAGACCAAUAAAAAGAUUUGGAGUUGUUAUGAUAUAUUAAUUAACAGAUACAGUGAACAAUGACAACAGAAGUCUGUUCUCUCCUGUGUUGCUGAAUCAGUGACUCUGUAAAUCGCAUUGAUGCAUUUUUAUGAUCCUCUGAGCAGAAUUUACACAUCAGCUGUUUAUUUAGCUGGUAUGAGCCUAUUGCAGUAUUUCAUGAGUAAUAUGUUGUUUUUUUUAAACUUCAGAAAUAUGUCGGGGAGGUGUUCAACAUCAUCAGUCAGCAAUCAACUGCAAAACCCGGGUGUAUUAUAGAACUGGAUGCCAUCACUGGAUUUGUAAGUAUCUGUAAAGAAAUAGGAGAAAUAAAAGAUUUUUUUCUCAAACUACAGAGACAUUUAAAAGUUAUUUCGAAAAAAAAAAAAAAAAACUCCUUUCCUGAAAAAAAGGAUCAAUACACUGUGUUUAAAAGCAAUGGUGGAUCUGGAGCAUUUGUGUUAUGAAACAUUGAGCUGUAAGGUCUUUGUGAAAGGUCAACCAUGAUAAAACAGAGACGGGUGCAGAGCAAACCUUCUCUCACCCCCUAGGGCUAUUUUUUUUUUUCUUCUCAUGUGCAUGCGAGUGGGCGUGUGUGUCCGCGCGUGCUCGUGUUAACACAACUUGUUCCAGUGAAUCUUCAUAUUCCCUCCACAGCAGAUGAAGCAUGUUGUGAAGUGUCUCCAGCUGAUUUACUUUGGUUAAAAGCUGCUGUUGUUCUUUGCAGCAGGGGAAGGAGACCCAACUCCUGCAUGUUUUUGAAGAGGAGCUGAUCCUGGGCAGUGAGAGAACGGAGAGCACACAGGAAACUCCUAAAUCUCCAAAUACUGGUAUUGACAAAACACUUUAAUCCAACACAGUGCAUUAUUAUUUCAGUGCUUUUAUUAUCUCUAUGUGUUGAUUGUGCACUGUUUAAUAUUAUUCUCUGUGUGUUUUGUUUGUGUGUGUGUGUGUGUGUUUGUCUUUCCUGCAGCCUUGAGCAAGCCGGCUUUCUCAGCACGUUUUUUCCUCGUGGUGGUUGAAUUGACCCCGACAGGUCGCUCGCUUCUCCACAUGUGGCAUCUCCAUAUUGCUGCACUGCCCGUCACCAUGGGUGGGUAGUGAGAACAAAAGGUUUCACAGGAUGUGGGAAAAAAAUUGAUUUACUGUCUUAAUUGAUUCAGAACAAAUGCUUUUAGUAACCAGCAAUGAGUUCUGGGAUUUAAUGUGUUGUACUGUCAAUGCGGGAAAAAUGAUAGUUGUUUAGGGGCACCCUAAGUGGUUAUGGAUUAUGUUUUGAAAUAAUCCUAUGCAUUUAAUUUACUGGUAAGAUUCAUUUUCCAGGUCUUAAAAGCUUCUCUGAAUGUAAUUUUUCCAUUUUCUGUUCGUGGGUCCACAGAUGAGACUCCUACGUCAGUGACCAGUGCUACACCGGCUUCUCCUUUGAACAGCUCUCAGUUCAGCUUUGACAUGUUCACUUCCCCAGUACCUUCGAAAAAUAAACCCUGCACUUCAAAUCUGCAGAGCGCCUGUCGUCUCAGCCUCACCACUAACAGGGUGUACAGCCAAGAGAUGACUCUACCUGAGGGAGUGGAAGCCAUCAGUGUCACACCCUCAGCAGGUGAGGGACAACAAGGACACAAAUGACAUAAGAUAACAUGUUUCCUUGGGCGGUGGGAUGCUGAAUAAAAACAUGGCAGCACAAGGGACAAGUCCUAGAGGUCAAGAAAAAGCAACCAAGUAAUUUCUUUGCACACCGAGACAGUUUAGUAAAAAACUGCAUUCUCUACAUCAGAAUAUUUUCUUUUAACAGGAUGCAGAUCCAAAAGUUAAGUACCUCUGAUGUGUGUACAAACAGCUUCACAGAUGAAAUGUUGUUUCCAUAGAAACUAGGAUUGGUCAUUCAGUUAGCAAAUAAUUGAAAACAUUGAUUCAGAUAACCUUUUAAGAAAGUUUUGCCAUUUCUCUAUUGACUUGAAAAAGCGAUUCUAUUAUUGGAGUUUUGCAAAGAGAUGAAGAUAGAAAAUGUGCUUUCCAACACUUUUCUGCUCCAAACUCAGACUCAUUAUGAAAACAGUUCUUAAUUAGUUCUUAAAUAUCUUUAAAACAAAUCUAUGAACAGCAGUUUUUUUCAACCUUGCAGCCAAUGACAUUUCACCACGGCCCUUAGGGAAAAUUUAUCUGUCUGUGUGCUUUAGUUGCCAGCUGCACAACUCAGAUUAUACUGCUUAUGUUUAAUAAUCUUUUCCAGAACUGCCCAAAUCAACCUUAAUAAAUUUACAGAAAAAAAUAUUUUUAAAAUGUUUUUCACCUUUUAAAACCAAGAAAUGCAUGACGGUGUUUUGUCCACUCUCUGCCAAGGUCACCUGAGCGCGUCCUGUUCUCUGCCGGCGGGCCGUGUGCCUUACCUCCUCGCGACUUCAUGUUCUGACGGAACUGUCCGUUUCUGGAGGUGCAAUGUCAGUACGAUAAAUCCCUCUGGCACGGAUGACUUGGUGUACCAGUGGGAGGAGUGGCCGCUCCUGGUGGAGGAGGGCAUCCAUAAUAACAGUGCAGUGAGCGUGCAUGGUCGCCCCACAGAGGUCAGCUGCUGCCACACAGGACAGAUUGCAGUUGCUUACAGGCAGACUCCAAACACACCUCUGAACUCGACACCUCAUCUCAACUCUCACAGACUGUUGACUUCUCCCCCCACUCUCUCCUCUACUCCUUUUGUGCACUACAACAACACCACUAGCAACACCCACCUGACCCCAACCCUAACUGUGCAGCGAAGCCCAAAUCUCACUCCAAGUCCCAGCCCAGCGAAUGCCAGAGAACCACCAUUCCACAUCAGCAUCUUUCAGUGUGAGUCCACUGGUGGCUCCCACUGGAUCCUUGAGCAGACCAUAGUCCUGGACAGCACAGAUGGUGUGAGUACUGGCACAGCUGGAGGUGGCAGUACACCAAAUAACACAGACUUUUCUGUGCCUAAUGAGCACUGUCCUGGUUCUAGUGGUAAAAGCCUGGUUCAUCUGGACUGGGUCUCACAGGAAAAUGGAUCUCAUGUUCUUACUAUUGGGAUAGGAACAAAGAUUUACAUGUACGGCCGUCUCUUGGGGAAGCCUCCAGAACUUGGCUUGUCAUCCGACGCCAAUAGAGACCAGCACUCAUCUCGUUUGGUUCUGCUCCGAUCAGUUGAUCUGGUCUCCUCUGUUGAAGGCUCUCCACCCAUCCCAGUCUCCCUUUCCUGGGUACGAGAUGGCAUUUUGGUAGUAGGUAUGGACUGCGAAAUGCAUGUCUACUCCCAAUGGCAACCCCCAGCACCACCUAAACCCAGCGCCACAACAGCUACGGAGACAGACAUUAGCAGCAGUAUGUCCUCAAUCAUCUCAGCUGUCAGACAGAGCCAGGAAGAUGCUCUGAGCCCCGGGGCCCCCAUGUCUUUACUGGCUCCUCCCAAGAAGGCCCUGACCAGAUCAAUGAUGAGCCUGGCUCAGAAACUCAGCGGGAAGAGAACAGCUUAUGACCUGCCUGUGGAGAUGGAAGAUUCUGGGCUUUUUGAAGCAGCUCACCAGCUCUUUCCCACGCUGCCCCAAUACCAUCCUGUACAGUUACUGGAGCUCAUGGAUCUAGGAAAGGUAAGUUCCAAAAAUAACAAAAUUAUUGUCUACACUUGCAUUUAUUUUAUCUUUUCUCUGGAUGUGUUUUUAUGAAGCUGUUUUCUGAGCCAUAGUAGACCAUUUCUGUGAAUUUUUAAAACAUUUCUGUCGUCGAAUUUGUUCAUGUUUACCAUAAUUUGUCUGUCGAAAGGUUCACCGUGCCAAAGCCAUCCUUUCCCACCUGGUGAAAUGCAUUGCUGGGGAAAUAGUGACUCUCAAAGACACCACCACCAAUCCUGAGAAACGGGUGCGCUCUCGAACCAUCAGCGCCGGAGGCAGCACAGCCAGAGACUGUAAGAUGUUCAGCAAAGCCGAGAACUCCACCCCAGACUACACAGAGAUAAGCUCCGUUCCUCCUCUGCCUCUCUACUCGCUCCUGGCGGCUGAUGAGGACUCAUUAACAAAAGCUGGUAAGUAAACAGUCAAACCAAUAGCUUAUUAUUGGUGAUUAUUAGUAAUCACAAAAGAAUAAGACAUUUUUAUAACAGUAUGUAGAGUAGUUAAAACAUUUAGAACUAUAUAAAGUAAAAAAUGGUGAUAAUUAACCAAGUAAAAAUGCUUUCAGUAACAUACAUGCUCAAACUUUCACUUACAUCCUGACUAUGUAGGUCAAUUAAAGAGCAUUUCCUUCAGGUAAAGAUGUUCAAAAAUAAUACUUGAAAGAAAUACUUUUCCACUGGGGCUACAAAGGCAUCACCUUAGGUGUUAAGUUUUUUCUUUCCUUUUUUAUCUGAUAUUUUGAAAGUGUCUCAGCUGCUAAUCUGAGGCUAUUCCUCUGAAAGUAAAAUAACUCUACACCUGAAGCUGACACUGGACUUCACAGAACUCUAUAAGGCAACAAAUACGACUAAAAUUGGGUCAGACAAAACUUUUAUCUUUGGAAGUCUUUUUGACAUUGUACAGUACUGCCAUUGAACGAAAAUAACUGUUUAAUGAAAUGUUUUUCUUCAGUCUAAAAGUUGGAAAAUAACGAUUGUCAAAUGUGACAAAAAAGUUCUGGCAUGAAACAAUUUACACUUGAAAAGCAAAGUCCAUUUAAGUUCAUUGUUAACCUUUGUUACUGUCUUCUCAUUAUUUGUUUCCUCAUGGAUCUGUGGGGAUGAAAGUGAGAGUGAAAGAAUCACGAAUAAAGAGAAAGGAUUUUCCGCUCUUGGCAUUUUAAUUUAAUCUGCCGUCUCCUCAGCAGGAGGGUUUUUUUUUUUUUUGGCUAGACGCUUUUAAAAUUUAUGUCUUGUGUAAUUUAGUUUGCUCUUUGCUCCCCUUCAGAUAAAGUGGGCAGUGUGAGUGGAGAUAGUGGGCACGGUUCUAGUCACACUGAUGCUUACGAUGAGCUCUUUCAAACUCCCAGCAUGGCUGACCUGGACCCGCUUGAUAAUGAUCAAGAGGAAGCAGGAAACAAGGUCAGUCUCCGCAUGCUGCUGCUUUGAUAAAUGGGAAGUGAUCAAAAUUAGAGCAGACACAAGCAGCAUGUCUCUUUUUGCUUCUUUAUGUCUUGAUCAGCCCUGCAUAAUUGUUUAUUUCAAGCUUCAUUAUGCUGCAUUUUUGCUAUUGAAAUAGACCAGUCAAAGGUUGUGACAAACUUUGUUUAUGCUUUCAAAUCUACUUGUUUGUUGGCUAAUUCUCCACAAGUAGUUGAUAUCAUGUGUUUAUCUGUUUGUGACUAGCAUGUCUAAAGAAUUAGGAACUACACACAUCAUUGUUCACACUCUCUGUUGUUUUCCUCUCUGAAGGUCAUUGACCUGUCCCAGUACAGUCCAACAUACUUUGGUCCAGAACACGCCCAGGUUCUGUCCAGUCACCUCCUUCACUCCAGUUUGCCUGGCUUAACCCGUAUGGAGCAAAUGUCCCUGAUGGCAUUAGCCGACACCAUCGCCACGACAAGCACAGACUUCAAGGACAGCCAGGGUACUGGUAAAGGUAAGGGGUAGAAAUAAAAGCCCAUCAUAAGGCCCUUUUUAUUCAUGGACAUUCUGAGGACAAAUGCGCUCACAGCAAUUCUAUAAUAGAGCUGCUGAAAUCUCUUCUUUACCAGGUGGAGAGACACUGGAUGAGUGUGGUCUUAAGUUCUUGCUGGCUGUCAGGCUCCACACCUUUCUGUCUACCUCCCUGCCUCCAGCACACAGAGUACAGCUUCUGAGACAAGGUACAGUGGCACAGUAGUUCACUCACUUCUUUUUUUGACUGUCCCAAAUGAGCAGAAAAGACUGUACCGCUGAACAGGAUUGAUGUCGCAUUUUUCUUGUCCAGAGGGACCAAAGUUGAGUUGACAGAAAUAACUUUUAUUGGUAAAGGGGUAGCACAGCAAGGUAAUCUUCCAAUCUGUCAACACCUGUCUUUCCUUUACAAGACAGUUUAUUCCAGCAUAAAGCCGUCCAACUGUUGAGUCAACUCUGUUGUUGGCUUGCUCUCAACCACCUUAAAACAUGGCUCCCACCCAACUUCCCUUCCUCAUGUCAGGUGAUAAGGGAUAUUGGACUCCUGCCGCUCUUUGCUAUGACUCUGCUGAUUCUGCUAUACAGAGCAGACAUUUAACUUUGCAAUUGUCUGAAAAUUGUUUGACAAAAACAAAGUAAAAUCUAAGCGUGCAUACCACAUCUCUUUUUUUUUAAUCUUGUUUAAUUUUGCCAGACUUUGUGAGUUUACAGCUUGUUGCUCAAGGAGCUUUUUGUAUUCACUCUGUUAAAUACAGCUCUGACCUCAGCCAAUAUGAAAGUACCAGCACAGUGACUGUCCAAGUCUCCCACACCCUAAAAUAGUCCACUUAGCCUGGUCUCAACUGUGCACAUUUAACAAUAAAAGUCUUAUAAAUAGAUGAGGUGAUUAAAGAUUAAACAUCUUAAUUGCAGUUGAGCUGCUUUAGAGCAAGGCCCAAAAUCUGUGUUUGCUUCCUUGAACUAUUGACCAGUAGGGCUCUCACUAACGAAUCCACUGGUCGACUCAAACCACAAGUCGGUGCUGUGGGUGACUGUCAACUAGUCCAGUAGGCAAUGCCACUGGGGAGAGGGCUGACUUUGGCUCUGACAUGUGUCUCAAGGCGUGUUUUGUUUUUAAAAUUCACACAGUUAUAUAUAUUUUUUUUUUCACUUUAUGUAGAUAAAACAUGAUUUUGAAAAGUGUGACAUCUCACUGUGGAAUCCUUGAGAUGUUUGCACCACAGAAUACAACUGUCAUUGUAUUUCACCAAUCCAUGAGCAUAUUUCUACAUAACAACAAGUCAGCUAGUCAGCUACUAUAAAUUGAAAAUUUGUCAGCUGGUAAAAAUUUGUAGUCUUGCUUAGGGGUGUCCUGAUAUGAUAUUGAAAUCGGUCCAAUAUCAGCAAAAAUUGGAAUAUUGGAUUAUAUCGGCCUGCAUCUAAAAUCUCCGAUAUCAGAACUCCAAUACAAGCAGUCCAUUCCAGACUCCGCUCCGGCACCUCUAUCUAGCAGGACCUGGAUCCAGCAUGUAGAGCCCAUCUAAUUACAACAACAGUGUGUACUGAAGUACCAAGGAGUAGGAGUGAUGUCGGUCCUGUGGCAGUAAUUUUCAUUGAAGUCCGAAAAGACGUUGCAACUGAGUGCAAAACUUGUCAUGCACAAGUUUGUGCUAAUAUCUAAUCAAUAUCGGUAUCGGACAAUACUGAAGGCUACAAUAUCGGUAUCAUAUUGCAGGUAAAAAAGUUGUAUCGGGACACCCUUUGUCUAGCACUACAUCGCAACCUUAGUUUUUAUCAUUAAGAGUCUGUUAAAAAUCCUUGUAUAGUGUUCAUUCACCCUCUAAAACUGUAUUCGACAUGUUUAAAGACCAUCAGGCUCCUCUCUCUGCAGGCCUGUCCACCUGUCAUUAUGCCUGGGCCUUCCACUCUGAAGCCGAGGAGGAGCUGCUGAACAUGUUGCCUGCCUUGCAGAAAGGAGAGCCCACCUGGCCUGAGCUACGCUCUAUGGGUGUAGGCUGGUGGCUACGCAGCACCAACAAGCUCCGCAGGUGUAUUGAGAAGGUGAGGACAGUAUGACAGGAGUCUGUGCUUAGAAGAUUGCAGUAUCAGUCAUAAGGGAUGACGCCCAGCUCUUAUCUAAAUCUUUAAAAAAACUGGAGUGGACUGUUAUUUGAUGAUGUGCUGCUUUUUGUCUUGCUUUGAGCACAGGUAUUUUUUCUGACAAUAGGCAUGACACUCAGCAAAGCACAAACUGUACAAUCUUAAUCAGGAUUGUCAGCUUUUUUCAAACUCAAUUUUAAUCAAUUUAAAGAUGCUGUGGUGGUAUAAAAAAUCUGCAGAUAAAAGUUUUAAGGGUUUGCCGUUAGUGUGUCAGCUUUCUGUGCUUCCUUCUGAUUGCUUCAGUUAUAAAAUGAAGCACUGUCAGGUAGGUGAAAGUAAAAUUUUGCUGGGUUUGCAGUAAAUAUAGCACUAUCAGUUCGAGCUACUCCAUGAAAUGACCCAUGAGGCGGCAGCUUGUUCAGUGGAUUAGACCACACUGACUGAGGAGCUGUGAGCUGAAUGUACUUUUCAUUUUGUCAGGUUGCCAGAGCUUCAUUACAGAAGAACAACGAUCCUCUGGAUACAGCUAUAUUUUACCUCGCACUGAAGAAGAAGGCAGUGGUCUGGGGAUUGUACAGGUAGGCAGAACUGACUAACAGAGGCUUGCAUAUGAAAGAAAAAAAGCACUCGCACUCAAACACAGUCGUAACCACGGUUAAACAAGAUGAGUUCUGUCAGGCUACAGAGGACCUAUGACACCAUUGUUGUUCUUGUUGUUGAAAUCCUGACGUCUGUCUCUUCAGGUCUCAGAAGAAUGUCAAAAUGACGGAGUUUUUCCGCAACAACUUCAGCGAGGACCGGUGGAGGAAAGCAGCGCUGAAAAAUGCCUUUUCUUUGCUGGGGAAGCAGCGGUUCCAGCACUCUGCAGCCUUCUUCCUCCUCGCCGGCUCCCUUAAGGAUGCUGUUGAGGCAAGUGCAAAAUAGACAUGACAGAUUGUUUACAAGAAGCACUUCUUCCUUCAGCUGUUAGUGCCACUUGCCAUCCUGCUAAACUUCAGUUCGAAACCUUGCUUUCAGCAGUCAUUUGCUGCUCCUUUCUAUUUACAGAAUUUUGAAGCAGUGUAAUUGUUCUUUUUUUUUUUCCCCUCCCACAACAAUUCACAGUCAAGGGCAGCAUUUGAAAAAGGUGGUAAAAAAGCAGAGAAAGCACAUUCACAAAGAAGAGACCACACUGUCGGCAUUGCUGAAGUGUGUGGCACGCCUUUUAUUACUGGAACAGCUCAAUACAUUCCCACAGAGGUCUCUUUGUCGAGAGCUCUUAGCACAAUACACUGAAGAAUUAUUGAUGCUGGCAGUUGACUCUUGGGUGCUGCCGCCUUUUACACCAUUUUGUGAGAAUUUUCAAUAGCAUGUUGUCACAUUUAUAAACUAGCAGCAGUGCACUCAUACUAAAACAUUGUAAAUCAGGUCACUACCUACUCCCUUUUAUUUAAACAUUUAUAAGCAAACUUUUUCCUCUGUCGGUUUGUUAGCACAUAUUGAUGCUCCUCGUCAGAGAGGCUGUUUGUUCUUUCAAGUAUUUACAGGGCUGAAUUGCAACCGUUUGGGGGAGUAAGGAUGAAAUAUACACAGCUCUAAUUUUCGGUUACAUAUCAAGGAGGCUGCUCCCGGUCAUCUUGUUUGCUUAACCUUUUACUCAUCAAAGUGAUAGUCCCUGGAGCAAUGAGUCACAUUUUUUAAUCUGCGUGAGUAAGUGGAGCCUCUCUGAGCACUUUAUGGAAAUAAGUGUGACCCAGGCAAAGGGCUAUCACUGACUUUGCUUACUCUCUCUGGCUCUCAUUGAAAUGCACCUCAUACCCCAGGAGCAAGAGCAACAUCCCUCUAACUCACUGAUGUGUUUUCAAACUGUAAUUUAUUUAUUUCGCGUUUUCUGUCCUCUCUCAUUUCAUCCAGUCCUGGGGCGAGAGUUCAGCCAACAGUUUGAAAUAAUAACUGACUGCUCUAAUUUGGUUUAUUUCCUCCAGGUGUGUAUAGAGAAAAUGCAGGACCUUCAGCUUGCCUUGGUGAUCUCCAGGUUGUACGAGUCUGAGUUUGAGACCGCAUCCACCUACAAAAAGAUCCUCCAAAGACAUGUGCUGGGACAAGACAAACAGGUGCAGACUUUGACUUUGUCGCAGCCUCUUUCUGAAACUCGUCCCACUGAAUCAAACUUCACCAGGGCUGAUUGAAUUCUUGCAGAAGCAAAGUGAGUCAUUGUUAUUCUUUGUUUGUUUCAGAUUUCAGUCCACCAGGACCCAUUCCUCAGAAGCAUGGCUUACUGGGUUCUGGAGGACUACAGUAGGGCCUUGGACACUCUACUUGAGCAGCCUGCUAACAGAUCCACUUCUGGAUCUGCUGAGACCAAAUGUGACACUGGUAAGUCAGCGCUGCUUUGUAUGAUCUUUACUUUUACACACGACCUUAAUAUAUUAGUCCAGCGUCGCCAGACCCAUCAACCAGCACAUAUCGAUUUUCACAGAUAUGCUGGACCAAUCACAGUCCUUUAUUUGAAAAAGCGUGUUGGUUUAUUUAUUCACUUUUUUUUAGUUAGCAAAAAAGACAGUAGAACUAAAUUCCACAGGGUAAGGAACGGCUGCGCUCUGCUCUGGAAUGGUAGCCUGAUCAAAUACGCAAGCAUUGUAAUUAUUGUGGGUGAUUCCACACAAUGUGUCUGCCGUCCGGCUCCACUGCGGAUCUUCUCCGGAUGGUGGAUCAGAUAUGCAAGGCUUCUAUUUUUGCUGGACGCCGCAGCACAACGCAUCAAUUCAGUGCAAUGCAGCACGAGCAGCAGCGGAAGUUGUAAGCGGCUACAGAGCAAAAUAUCCAGGUAAUUUUCAAAAUAAAAUAGUCAAUAAAAAAAGUCAAUACGUUGAACUAUUCUUCACGUGACAAUGGGAGGGGCCAGGGUUGUGGGAUGGAUCGGUGAAACACGUGAGAUCUUGUGAGAAAUACUGGUAAUAUUGCAAGCGCUUCUCCUCCACUUGCGACAGUAGAUUGGAUCCAGUGGAAUCCCGGCGUGAGAGGUCCGUUGAAUCAGCUUUCACAGCCAUUUUGAAUGAACUGAAUUAUGCACUCUCAUUAAAGCCAGCAUAUAUGUGUUUCUCUCCUCUGUAUGCUGUUUUUAUCUGACUGGCUGUUUGAUUCUGUUUCAGUCCUGGUGUUGAAAGUUUAUUCUUUGUAUCUCAACUUUUAAAUGUACUUAGAAAACGUGUACCACUUUUCUGUCAGUUUGAGAACCAAAGACGUCAGUUUAAGCUGAUAAAGUCUGUUUUGGUCAAAUUUAAAGUUUGUUUGGAAAAAAAAAAAGUUAGUUUCCCCUGCAGGUGAAACCAAGUACCCUGAAGGUAACUUUGCACUGACGUAAAAUCCUUGAGUUUCAUAAAGUGUCUCAGCUUUGCUUCUAUUUUUGGUCCUUUAAGUAAGUCAGAGUUUGGGUAAAUGCAGCCAAAGUGACACAGUAGACCGUUUAACUGAAAAAAAAUAUGAGGCUUUCUCUAUGAAUAGAUGAAGAAGUGAACUUCAUAUGAACCUCACUUUGACUUAUCCCUGUGCUACAUAUGUUUCACAAAUGAGGCUCUCAGAGCCCAUUUGAUACGCUCACAGAGAAAAGCGCUUUAGCUUAUGGAAAGUUAAAAGUGGUUCUUCGGCCUCAUUGGUUACAUGCUGUCAUGUCACCUAUGGGCCUUUCGUACUCGUUGUCUAGCUCUUUGACAUCAUAAUACCUGGAUAAAAGGAUCAUAUUUAAUUCAUCUCUUUUCUCUACCCCUUCCCUUUUCAAUUGGUUUUUAGUAUCUUUCACUCCAGACUCUGCCUUUCACUCACCUUUAGACCACAACCGAAUGCAGUUUGUCAGUGAAAAAGUGCUCACUUAGCUGCAGGCCACAAUUUGUCAACAAAGAUUUAGUCCAGACAGCCAGAGCUUUAUUUCUGUCUCUGAUCUAACAUACAGUUGAUCUGUACUGGUACUGUGGUCAAAGCGCUAAAAGUGUCCGUUACUACUGCUGACAGAAAAAAAGCAAAUUUUCCAUUUCUUCCAUUUCCAUUUUUCUUUGUAUCUGUAUCUGACAGGUUCCUCUCCCGUGUCCACAUGUAACCCAGAGGUUUUCAACUUUUACACCUACCUUCGCACUCACCCUCUGCUACUUCGCCGGCAUCUCGGCUCCGCAGACAAGGCUAAGGUUGGACUGACUGCUGAGGGACGGAGAGCUGACUCGAUUAGCCUGGAGGAGAGAAGGCUGUUUUUCACGGCUGCAUAUGCGCACCUGCAGGCAGGUUGCCCCAUGCUGGCGCUCGAAGUCCUCUCCAAGAUGCCCAAAGUUCGCAAGCAUUCCAAAAACACCAGCCAUGGCGACACAGGCAUUGCUGCUGAACUCAGUGUUGGAAGCAGGAAUGGUCAAACGUCUGAUCCCGAUUGGUCUCAGCCGGCUCUUAAUGGCUAUGAGUCGGAUGGAAACAGCUUAUCCAACAGCCAAUCAGAUUCAGUGUUAAGCUUUGACUGGAGCCAGCCAUCAAUGACACUUCCGGAUGAGCCCCUGGAGCUAAAGUGGGACACUGACAAAGAUGACGAGGAAGAUGAUGAGGAAGACGAUGAGGAUGAAGAAGACACUAAAAAUGGUCAUCUUGGUCAAACCGCAGACAGCAGUAGUGUGUUUCAGGACACGCAGGAUGCCAUGUCUCCGUUAAUGGAGACAAUGACAGAAGAGGACAGCAGUGACUUCAUAGCGCCAACUGAUGACAUCUUGGCUGCCCAGCUGAAGUUUACGGCCUGCUUAAAGAUUUUAACAAAUGAGCUCCGUACACUGUCAACAGGGUACGAACUGGAAGGAGGAAAACUUCGUUAUCAGCUCUACCAGUGGUUAGAGAGAGAGGUAACAAAUAUCUAAACUCUUAAACUCUUACACACUUUUGCCUCCAAGUGGUGGACAAGACCAAUAUACCCAUCUAAGUACUUUACACACACAUAACGCUGAACAGAAAACAAUACGGGCUCAAAUUAAGUAGUUUAGUUUUGUAGUUACUCAGCAGAGAGAGCAACUCAGAACAACUCUGUUGUUUAAAAAUACUCUUGACACCGUCUGUAGCAAAUGUAGCCGAGCAUUUCAACUGAGCAGAUGGUGGUCUACGCCAUGACUGCCUGAAAAUGAGGUUGACGGUCCGUUAUGUUGCCAUAUACCAAGUUUUUGAGUAGUUUGAGUAGUAUUUUUGCAAAUGUGGUGAACAAUCUAUACCUCAGCUAAAUAUCAACAGUAAUCCUUUGAAGGCAAUUGUUAGAUUUGGCCUUAAAUCACGAAGGACCUCAGAUCACAUCUGUCUGGCUGUAGCUCAUUGUUAUAGUGGUAACAAUAUCCAUUUGUGUGAUGAAGAGUAGGUCGAGCUGCACCCUUAGGUUCACUAAAUAAAUCUUUUACAGGUUGCGUAACUCCCACACAUCUCUCCUCCUGUCAUCAUGUUCACUGUUUGAAGAUUUUAUCUCUCUGUGUGCUCUCUGUCACUGCGUGUGAACAUCAUAUUGGUAAUAACUCCAGUGGUUCUCUCUUAUGAAAUUGUUUGUCUCUCCCUGUGAAAUCUGUUUGACAAUUUUGAGAAAUGUUUUGCUUUCCCUCCCACGCAUGUGAGAUAAAUUUCUUCUUGACAAGUAGGUUUUAAAAAGCGAACUUCUCUUUUCCCCAGUUGGUGGCUCUGCAGUGUUGCUGCAGCUACAAGCCCUGCCUGCCAGAGCUGUCUGUCCAGGCUGAUGCUCCUGUUUCUGGGUUGGUGGAGGAGGAACAGGUGGGUGUAGAUCGCUGCCUGCUUCUAUAUUUGUCUGAGAAUCAUGAGGAAAAAUCAAUGCAACACUGGCUGUAAUAAAUAAGUAAGAGAACCCCACUCUGCAUCUUGGCUCAGCUUAAAAAACUGAUGUUUCAUUGCGAAGAUUGUUUCCUUUGUAUAUCAACAUUUUGGAACUUUUUUUUUAACACAAGAUAUUAUAUAGAAGAAUUUUUUGUUUUAUUUCUCCAUUAUCACCUAUCUUUUAUUUUACAUAGAUUCUAUACAAACUUUCUAGUUACAAAUUGAACUGAAACUUCAAUGACCUUCAAUUUUUUAAUUGUUGACAGAGCAGACUUUUACUCAUUGUCUUAAGUUCUAAGAUUGACAGAUUAAUCAGGCAGGCUUAUUGAUGGCAUUUUGAAAUACAGUUAUCAUGAUGGGUUGAUGUCUGCGCUCAUUUGGCCAAUAAUAAACAAAUAAUGUGUAGACAACCACCUCAGUGUGGCUUCUGUCGAGCAAAGAUAAUGCGCUCAAAUAGAAGCAAGGUUUCUACGUAAGUAUGGAAAUAAUUUGAUCAACUUCAGGUCUUAGAAAGUAUAGUAAAUGAAAAAUAAAGUAUGGAAAAAUAUUAAGGUUUCCAGAAUAUUACCACAGGAAAAAAAUACUGUUUUCUAAAAUAGAAAAGUAGAUAUUUCCAAAAAUAAUUCUAAAAAGUAGGGAAUGGAAAAGUGUGGGAAUUCCAACCGUGUAGGAACCCCGUUGUGGGUUUAUUAUUUGGAUAUUUGGAAAAUGGCAAUCAAAAUAGCGAUCAACCAGUAUUUUUGAUAUAAUUGUGUUGGGCCUUUGUGCGAACAGUAGCUAGCUAAAUAAUGUUUGCAUAUGCAGAGUGACGUAGACUUAUUUGUCUAAAAUGUGAAUCAACAUGGUUUUUCUAGGAGGGGAGUCCUCGUGGUGGAAGUCAGAGAAGCAGGCGACACUGGCUGCAGAGUAACCAGCCCUUACUGCGGAUGUUUCUGAGCUACUGCAGCCUGCACGGCUCACACGGAGGAGGGCUGGCCUCUGUUCGCAUGGAGCUCAUACUGUUGCUGCAGGAGUCUCACCAGGUAAUUCAAAACGGGCACAGACACAGACACACACUUAGGACCACUAACUACAGCUACCACUAAGAAAGAAAGCUGUCUGAUUUAGCCUGUGAGGGGAAGUUAAAAAAGAAAAAAGUAAAUCAUGAAUAAGUCAACUAAGUGGCAUCUCUGAACUGCUGGUAGGACUUGUGGUUACAGGGGGGGUGAUGUUUCAAGUGUUAACUGUUCCUGCAGUCUCUUUUAAUGUAUUGUUUGUUCAUAUGCAAAGCAAAAUAAUUGUUUUUCUCAGCUUCAAGGAUGCUUGAUUUCUUUUCUUGUCGCAAACCUUUUUGUUACUCGUCAAACUAGGCUAUAACUAUCAUAGUUAUGUCUAACAGUGGAGACAGUACAAAGAUUAUUUGUCUGAUGCAUGUGCACUCUGAAUAUUCCCCAUAAAUAGAUGAAAUGGGGCAUCAUUCUUAUUGGAUAUUAAGAGAUAGUGAGGAACAAUGGUAAACGUUAACACAGUAUUUUAAUAUUUGCAAACAAAUACAGAAAAAUAAUAGCUAUCAUUGUAAAAUAAAACCUUCACACCAGCUAAGUCACACACCUGCAGAAUAUUUAACCUGUUCCCAUAUUCUCUUUGAAGAGAAAGAUACUGACUAAAUAAGGGCUAAGGUAUGAAAGAUGAACAUGACGCCCUCUGAAAGCUUUUCUUAAUGCAACCAGAUAUCCCGGACGCACACAGUCACGCACUCUUACAUGCACACUUUCACACAUACCUGCAUAGACCUACUUACUCUGCACUGGAUAUCAUCUGCACACCUCCAGCAAUAGGCUGACAGGAUGUGCUGAUUCUCCCAGCUCCUGAGGGACGGUCUGCCGUAGGCUGACUAUUAGAAGGUUGAGUUGAAUUUUAGGAGGUAAACAACCCAAUGUGGCGCCAAGGGACGAUACCCUUAAAUGUUAGCACAGUGGAUGGGUAGUGGGAGUCCUUUUUUACUCUUCCCUUUCAUCCAUAGAUAAGAGCAGUUUCUUUAUUACAGCUCUAGUCCCAGGGUUGUCAGAUUUCUCCGCUGUUGUCAAGAAAAUGUUUGUAUUUCUCUUUGUUUUUACUUCAGCCGGAGUGGAGAGCUUCAGCUAAGGAGGUUAGUGACAACCAAUUUCGAGUCAUCAAGAUUGACAAACAGAGGCCUGUGGUAGACUCUCACACACACAGAGCCCUGUUCUGGGAUCAAGUAAAAGUCAGCCAGGCACCCUUUUACUGCCUUUUAUGUUUUUUUGUAGCUUGUUAGACAAAGUUCACACAUAAAGCAGACACAGAUCAUAUUCUCUUUCUGUUUAUUCAUUAUGGCUCAGGCUACAGCUGUUCAAGGUGCCAAGCAGUACAUCUAAUGUGACUUGAGUGCAAUGUGUCUUUGUGUAUUUGUGUGCUGCACAUGGUCAAUAGAGUUCUCUUUAAAGGUAUUUUUGUUAAACUUUCACCUCCAGGAUGACUCCCUCCAAUCAACAGUAACGCCCCAACCAACAUCCAUCCCUCUUCUGAUGGCCUGCACAGCCAACGUAAAGACAGUGGUGGCCAAUCCCAUCGUCUACCUGACCAACCUUACCCAUGACAUCCUGCAGACCAUCAAUGCUUUUGACUCUCCUCCCCAUCCUGAUGUUAUCAACAAUGAGGUGUGACACUUUUUGGUUUUAUUUAUCAAUGUGCAAUCCUGUUUAUGGUGAUUUGAGACAUGGGUGUUUCAUCUUGAGUUAAAACAUGGAGGACCAAAGGGACAUUCUGGUGUAAAUUUGAGUUAUGGUCAAACACACUGUAAGACCAAGCUAGACAUGUUGCCGACAGCUUGCUUCUCUAGUUAUAACAACUUUAGUAACGACCACAUGGUCCACAGCAGCCUAUGGCUCCACGCGCACACCUCAACCAAAACACCACUCUAGAACCACAAAUAAUGCUCAGAACAGCACCCAACUUCAUCAACAGUACAUAUAGGGUCCCAGCCACAGCACUAGCCAUCAAACAUCUUUUUAGCUUUGCCUAAUUUCUUUAGCAAAUAGACUAAACACAUCUCACCCACUCUCCUCCAGCACCUGCUUGUUUGUGGGGGAGCCCUGACGAGUCGAUCACCGAGUGCAGCGAAUCAUUUCCAUGAAGUAAUAAUCAUCAUAAUAAUAAGCGGGAGUUCUUCUGCUUUAGCGUCUUGGUCCGAAGAAAUUAUCAUAAAUGUUCUUCCUUGAGCUGUGAAACUCCCGUUUUACUGUGUUGUUACAUUGUGUUUGACCAUAACCUAAAUUUACGCCGGACUAUCCCUCUAACUCUGCCUUUGCCAUUUUAUUGUUGUAACUUUUAGACAAAUCUCUAAUGAAUGCCUCUAUAAAUUCAUUGGUCAUGAAGAGGCCUUAAUAUAACAUUGGCAACAAUUUCUGACAUUGCUGUUUAUCUGUGUAUGGUUCAGAUUGUUUGUCUGAAUUCCAAACCCUUAUUUCUGCUGGUUUUCCACCCUUUGCCUCACCUCAGAUCUACGUGCUGCACACGUUGGCCGCCUCCUUGUCAGCUAGUAUAUACCAGUGUUUAUGCGAUGGGCACACCCACAGGUAAGGGCCUCACCUGUUAUGUUGCAGCAACAUGAUCAGCAGCUUUUUACUGAACUUUAAAUAAUUCACAAACCCUGUGCUUUUUCCUCAUUGUCCAUUUUGCCACAAUGAUGUAGGGAUCAUGGGAAAUAAAUCUGUGCAGAUCUGAGCCCUGUGUUUGAAAAAAGGCUUUUAAGCAGCCUGACUCAAAAAGGUUUGGGUUGGUAAUGGGGAUCUACGGCAUUGCACUACUCUGAACAAGCUUCUUGAAUUCUUUAUAAGACUUUAAGACAAAUGUGAUGCUUAAAUUUGUUACAACUUUCUCAUUUUCCACCACAUUCACCUCAACACAAUACCAUGAACAGCACUGGCUUCCAUUGGAAUAUUUAUCUAUCAAGAGUGAUCUGAAUUUGGUUUCCCUUUUUAAUAAUAUUCAAAACACAGAAUGCUGGUGAAAAAAUAACCAUAAUUUAUGUCCUCUGGUUUUAUUUGUGAGUUUGUGUGUUGUGUUAGAGGGUUUCUAGACUUAUUGGAGCAGAAUGAUAAGAGAUAAGGGGGAAGGGACAUGACUACUGGCAACCAAGCAUACUUUAAAAUAAAAGGGUAAUGCACACAUACAUCUCAAGUCAGACUCUGCAAUUGCAACAGCAAAGUGCAAAAUGCUUUUCAAGUCGUCCCAGGCUUUGUUUAUGGAAAUUCUUCUCAGCACAUGCUUUAGGCUGUUUUUAUAAAGCGCUUUAGUGGCAUGAUUUGAGACAUGGAAAAGGGGGAAAUGUUGCAAGUUUGAAAACCAAAAAAACGACAGUCACUUGUCUGUUUUGAUCAUGUUGAGAGUGAUUUUUGAAAGUGUUGUUUGUCAUCCGUCAUUUGUAUUGUAAAUACUUAAUUAGAAUUUGGGGUUUUGACAGAUGUGAGGAUCAUGAUUUAUUAAAGAUGUGUACGUCAUAUAACAACACAUCACUUAGACACCAACAUGGUCAGACCUAAACUCUGUGAAAAAGUGUUUUUGUUUUAAAAUCUCAUUUGGCUCGGAGCGGUGCUGCUCUGUGAGUCCCUGUCACUGUUCUGCCAGAUUUGUGCUUUGAUUUUUGAUGUUGUAUAGAAGCCUUCACUUAUGCUUGACCUGACUGGGACCUCAACAGCCACAGUGGCGCAACCCCACAGAUAGAACUGCUUGUAAAAAGUUAAAUAAUGUGUCAAAAAAGCUCUUCCCGAGCUUCAUUAUUCUUUCAGAGUAACCUCUCUGACCUUACACAACUCCAGGGAAUGUGGUUUAAAUGAGCACUUAGUUUAGCAUCUUUCUUAUGAACAAGAGACUUUACACAAGUGUGCACACACACACCUAUCACAUGCUGUUUGUCAGUUGAGCAGACUCACCAAAUUAGCACGGCUAUUUCUAAUUCAACACUGCCUUUGUUAUGGUAAUUACGAUCUAAACUCUCCUGGUGCAUCGCUGCAGAGAUUUGAUGAAAUGUUGCUCCUGCUUUUUCCUCGGGAGUGUGAUCGGCAGGACGAGUAAAAGAGAGGCUUCUUUUUAAAUGUACUCCAGGAUGCAGGUUUCAAGAGUGUCACCAUCAAGUUGAUGGUGUUUAGGCAGGCUGUGUAUACUCUUCUCUCUCUUAUCACAUUAUGGACAGUAGAAUUUAAUUGACACAGCCGUUUCUGUAUCUCUGGGGUUACGCAAGAGUGAAUUUGUUGUGAGAGUUGCAUAAAGACGACAAUCACUACCUCUGACUGAUGUUCUCUCUGAUUUUUGAAUUCUUUUUCACACAGAAGCACCAAUUUCUCCACAAAAAGCUUAAAAGGGAGCUAAUUGGAUGUUAUCAACCUAAUAGACUCUCUGGCGGUUUGAGCAUCUCAUAAACUUCGUCAAAUUUUCCUCCUCAACCAUCCAAGGUUCUUUUUGUGCGCUCGCAUUGAAAAGCUACUUGACGUGAGAAUGAGAGUGCUGACACUUUAUUCAUCAGUGAAGUGUUUCUUCAUGUUCUGAGCUGAAUAGAUAGGCAGGUAACCCGAGAUAGAGCCCAUUAGUAUUUCAUGCACUGACAGAACAAAGUUUGACAGCUGGGCCUCUUACUUCAGAACAAAGAUAGAACAUUUGAAGUAAAAUAUUUAGACUUUUUUUUUUUUUUUUUUACAGAUCUCACCCCAUUAUUCACUUUUCACUCCAGGGUUUCAUGUUUAAUGUAAAUAUUCUGCAUCGCGCACUCUUGCCGUCGUUGUCUGACUCUUUGCGUUGUUGUCUCUCGCAGCCACGUGAACCGUUUCACAGGUACUGUGUAUCAGAGUGUGCUGUUGCCUCAGAAGCACCCAGUCAGAGCUCUCAGUCUGGAUGAGUCUGUUCAGCCUAACACGUCCCCUGCACAGUGGCCAGGUACAGCCGUGAAACACAACACAUUAUGCACCGAUUUCAUUGCUAUUUCACAGGUUAAAUAUACAAUCCGAUAAGACGUAUUUGUUAUCCAGGCUUCCACUCAGGAUCAUUAUUAUUAUUAUUGUUAUUGUUAUUGUUAUUGUUGUUAUUGUUAUUAUUAUUGUUGUUAUUAUUGUUAUUGUUAUUACUAUCAUUAUUGUUAUUGUUGUUAUUAUUAUUGUUAUUGUUAUUAUUGUUGUUAUUAUUAUUACUAUUAUUAUUAUUAUUAUUAUUAAGAUGUUAUUAAUAUUUAUUUCAUCAUCUGAGUUGUUAGUGAUUUUCAUGGUUUUGUAAUUUUUUUUAACACUGUAUUUGUAAUUUAAAAACAAACAUAUUCUCUGUAUUACAAAUAUCAAAUAACUAUAACAAACAGUCCCGACAAUAGACAGAGACGGAUCAAUGUCAAAGUCAGCUUUAUUUAUGUAGCAUGUUUAAAAACAGCCAGUGGCCUACCAAAGUACUUUACAGUAAAAUAGCCAGAAGCAAUAAUAAACAAUAAAAACUAUAAAACAGUAAAAGCAUAAAACAUAUAAAAACAUAAAACAACAAUAAAGAUAAACAUGGCAAAUAAAUAAAAGACCUAAUAAAAGUAACUAUGGUUCCCCAGUAGAUCAAACCCGAGAUCCAUGUGACAAACUAGUCAAAGACAAAAGACAGGCAAAAACAAGUAGAAAAAACAGACAAAUAAACAAAAAAAGUGCACUGAAUACUUCUUAUUACAGAAUUUGUUUAAGAGCAGAUGUAAUGUUUCAGAGUUCCAGUUCCUUUGUUUUUUUUUUACUCCUUUCUUCUGUCUCUUUCUGUGGUUUUACUCUCCUCCCUCCCCUUCCCCCCUGUUUUCAGGAAUCGCCUCUCUGAUACGCCUGUUGAGCUCGGCAGGUGAGGAGAGUCAGCCAGGCUUAACCAUGCUGCUGUGCGAGAUCCUCACCGCCGUCUACCUCAGUCUGUUCGUCCAUGGCUUGGCCACUCACUCCAGCAACGAGCUCUUCCGCAUCGUGGCACACCCACUCAGCAGUAAGCUCUGGGUGAUGGUGUUCGGAGGGGGUGCCCGGGCACCUGUCAUAGAAAAGCUCACCAGCCCUACAAGAUCACCCCCACCUGGUGAGGAGGGAUUAGUUAGGAUGAUCCAGUUUCCUCUCUGACAGUCCGCCUGACAGGCUGAGUGUCUGUCUUUUUUUUCUUGUGGAGGUGACCCAGCAGCUAAAUCGAAUCAGUCCUGCUAAAUUAAUUGGGUUCCAGUCUGUAGGUCAUAGUGAAACCCAUCCACCUAUUAGUGAGGGAGCAGUUCCCAUCACAAACUGUUUGAGCUCUCUUAUGGUAUGCAGAAAAAAACCUGAUGUAAUGUAGCUGAAACUCCUGUUUAGACGAGGAAUGUAGACAUUUCAAACCACUGUUUAUAUGUUUAAUAUUUUUCAGUGUGUCAGGCUGAUGUAAUCCUCACUAGAAUAUAAAACAAAAAAAAACAUGUCAGGCUCUGUUAUGUGUAUACGUUCAAAUGGGAGGCUCGUGACGGGAGCUUUAUUUAAGUGUGCAGCAGUUUAACAAACACUCUCUUCACACCCCAGCCUCACCAAGCGGCUCAGACAAGAAGUCCAGACGUUUCAGGCUGCUGUCAUCCCGCAGUGGAUCAAAGGAGGAGUCAGGGAUAGAGCGUGAGGGACCGUCUAGUCCCAGACACAUCCAUGUGGUGGAACAAGAAGCUCCCCCCAUCUUUAAAGAGAGAUUUGUCCCUCCAGAGCUGAGUAUUUGGGAUUACUUUAUUGCAAAGGUAAUCUAUAGUAUCAACCACAAAAACCUCUUCAAAGCAUGACACUUCAGUCUUGUUGCACUCUUACUCUAAUAAGCAUGGCAUACAUAUCUUACCUUCUCAUGGGGAUAUUGUUCUCAUAUAUGGUUUGUAUUCAACACACGGUAAUAAAGUUGUAGUUUGUAAUUUAUCUACUUCAAAUCUUCUGGUAUUUCAUUGCUGUUGAUGUGUCUUUCAGCCGUCACUGCCACCAUCAGAAAGCAGGAUUGAAUAUGACUCGGAGGAGAGCCAGGGCAGCCAAGAUGAGGAUGAAGAGGAUGAUGAAUUUGAAGAUGUGUUUGACCCCAACUCUCCACAAAGAGAGCAUUCCAACCACAAUUCAUACAGGUAAUGACAGCCUUUUGUGGAUAUAACUGCAGGGAGUGACCCAUCCUCACCCCAUUUCCCGCUGCCUACAGUAAGAGGACUCUUUUCAGUUUUUACGCUUCGACUCUUAAUCUGAUUUCUGAUGCUGUUCUCUCCUCCCAGUUGGUGUUUGAUGCGUUUGGCCAUGGUUCAGCUCGUGUUGGUCAACCUCAAAUCCUUUUACCCGAUGGCAGGAUAUGAUCUAUUGGGUAAACACUCAAAUAUGCCAUGUACCUUCUGAUGUACUAACACUCAGGACGUAGCUUUUAUUCAGCCAUCCCAUUUCUCUCAGCUUGUCUCUGCUAAUCUCAUUACCCUCUUGUUUAUGUGUGCCUGCUUCCAUUAAACACAGAUCUGCCUGUGGGCUCUCCUCUGUGUCACGCUGUGCUGAAGACGCUGCAGCGCUGGGAGCAGGUGCUGCAGAAAAGGCUGGAGAUUUUCGGGGGCCCUCCCUCCAAGUACAUCUCCACCCACCUCCACGAUGAGGCGACCACACCUGGACCUGCCUUGCUUAGACACAAGGCCCUGUUUGAACCGUCGAACACCCCAUUCAGGUACCAUGAUCCUAAACUUAGAUUGAAUUUGCAUCAUUGAGUCAUGUCUGCACAGACAAACAGCUUUUGUAUCUUCUUUUGUAGAAGUCAAAAUAUAUAAAAAUACCCUUCAGCUUCUAAAGACCAUAAAUUAAAGACCCAUUCCGAUGAAAAUCAUGUUUUUCUUGUUUUUUAAAUAUUCGUAUGGCAUCUGAUGCUACAGGACAUAUCAUGAGAAAACUAAAUGCGAAAAUUGCUUUUCUGAGUAUUUCUCCAUUUAAAUCACUGUGAAUCUCUGGCAGACCCAAACGGCAGGUUCAGAAACAGUGAGAUUUCAUACGUAACCAAUCCAAGCUCCGCCCCCUUAGCCCCGCUUUGCAGGUAACACUGCAUAUAGAGGAGAAAUACAGAGGACGAUCGCGGAACAACUGUGUGCGUUAGUGGAUUGCAAUGCUUGCAAGAAGGCUAAUUAUGAUAUUAGCUUUCAUUAUUUCCCUAAAGGCGUUAGUGUCGGAGAGCUGAAUAACUCUUGUGUUACUUGCCACCUCUACUACACCGGCAAUGUUAGGCUGCAAGCUAGCGUGAAGACAAGUGUGCAGAGCAGCGCUGUCUCUGCCCACGACUCAAAAGGAAAUUGCUAAUGAUCUACUGGAGCUCUGCAAAAGAAAAGUCCUUGAAAAUGACAGAUUUUGGUUAAAACUUCAUUAUCACAAUGUAAAGACCACCGAUAACACUUGAAGUAGUAAAAAAACACGAUCGGAGUGGGACUUUAAAGUUAACUUGAUGCUUUUUAACUGUUAAUGGUUUGCUCCAAGCACCAUUUUCAAGACAAAAAUGCCUCCAUACUAGUAAAACGUAUCCACAUAGAUUAAAGCCAUUACCCGCCAGCAGAUGUGACCCCUGCAGAUUUUCUCUGCAGGGCUUUAAAGUCCUCAGAGGAACAUUUACUGUGCAUGUUUUUGAUGGGGUUUUUUCGCCUCAAGCAUCAGAUAUGUGGAGUUUUCAGAUCAGCACCAAUGGGCCUCGUGCUUCGCUGAACUGAUCCGACUGAUUUAAUGAGCGUUAGCGUUAAUAUGCAGGAGGUGUUCUGUCAUUUUUUCAGGACCAGCCACCCUUCAGCGCUGCCAGUGAAGCGUCUGUGGCAGUAUCUGGUCAAGCAGGAAGAAGUGCAGGAGACUUUUAUUAGAAACAUCUUCGCGAAGAAACGGGACCCAAAUGAGGUACACCAUGUUGACACUGUUCCUGUCACACAGCAUGAGCUGUCUCCACGUCACACAGCUAGCUCAUUGUAUCACUUGUCAAUGAAUAACACAUUAACUGUUUCAUCAUGAUCCAGUCCCUCCCAGCAAGCUGCACCAUUAUUGCUUUUACAUCCCCCUCUAGUGCAGUUGUGCUUCCUUUGUGCCGCAAACCAACAACUUGUAAUAUUGGCUGCAUGUUGAUGCUUUCAUUGUACUCAAAUAAUUAUGCACCUUGUUUAAUUAACAGCACAAUAAUCCCGUCUGUCUCUGUGUGUAUGACUGCAUGGAUCACCAUGGUUGUUGUAUGUUGUGUGUGUGUUUGUGUGUGUGUGUUUUGUGUGUAUGUCAUCACUCUAUGCUGCUGCUUCAAUCAUUAAAGUCGGGUGAGGACCAGACAGACAAUCUGAAAUAUUCAGGGAUGGAGGAGACAGGAAACCAUCAGGUACUGCCUCUUCAAAUAAGCUGAUAUUGGGGUGAAUAUAGUCUGAUAUCAAAAGUUUGUAUUUUAUGCUGCUGAGUGUAAUUCCUGCACUAACUCUGCUGUCUUCAAACCAAACUGAGCAUGACUGUCUCAAGUUAGAAUAUGAAAAAGUUGAUUUUCGGCACUAACGUUUGAGAAAAGGUAGUCGUUUCCUUUCAAAGAUGGCACAGAUGGUUCUGUGCCUGCUAAUUAAAUCCAUAAACUUGAAUGUUUCCUAAGUGAAGCUACCCUGUUACCCUCUGUUUGUGGUCUAUCAUUAAAAAAAACACACCUUCAGUGUUUACUGCGUUAAAGGUGAAAGAAUAGCUUCAGAUUAAUUGGGCCAAAGGAAAAGCUAAGCACGCUCACAUUAUGUGACACAAACCAGAGCAGCACUCGGUAGGUGGUGUCAUUAUCACACCUAAAAUUGAGUGAGGCUGGUUGUGAUAACUAACAAAGCAGAACUGAAUCAUUAAUCUAAGUUUCUAAGAACCAGCAUGUAGCAGGAAAUUGGCAAAGUUUUAACAGGGUGUAUUUGUAUUUUUUCAUCUGCAUGUUCACAAGAGUGUAUGAUGUUUGUAUUUUAAAUAAUUCUUCUGAUUUGUCAAGAGCGAUGAGGAAUUCUGUGCUCUCGGCUGAUGUGGAGAAAUGUUACGAAAGAUCUUUCACCGCUGCUCUGGAGUGUGGGUGGUUCAAACUGCACCGAUGAUUAGAUCUUGUGUGCCACAGAUUUGCCUCGUACAGUAAAAUAAAAAUGCUGGAAUGUCACAUGUGAUCAGAGAAAUUGUAACAUAGGGAUUGUGACAGAAUGACAGUAUGUGUACUAUACUAUACUACAGGCCAUGAACUCUAUAUGUUCCCAUCAAUGCUUGUUACUCUUCCUACAUUCAGCUGUCUAAAUAUUCAUGUCAAUGGGAGCCAUAAAUCUUGAAUUCCACUGUAAACUGAUGUCUCAAAGAGGUUUACUAAUCUCCUGGCUCUCACUGUGCAAGCUGCCACAAUGUAGCCCCUCCAUUUGGUCCAUGUUAAUUAACCCAGUCUCUCUGAGGAAGAGCUAUGAAGCUGAAUAUCUUCUGAUGAAUGGGUCCAACACUGUCGCAGUGAAUCUGCGGCCCACAGGGAUUAUGUGCUAUGUGAAAAUGGCAAACCACCAUAUUUAGAUUUCUGCAAGUCAAGUUUUUCUUUAUUUCUUAUGACAGAAAAAGACAUGCUGUUUUCCCCUUGAAUAAACGCAUUACAGAGUUUAAUUCAAUCUCGCUCUCAAAGGGUGCCUGUCUUGUUUGAAAUAACUAUGGCAUCAAAAGUAACAGUCCUAUACAAUAUGCAGCUGCAGUACAAUCUACCCUCCUAAUGCAUGCAUCCCAUAGGAGCUCUUGGAUGGUACAGCGUGCAUGCCUCUUUGUCAAACUAUAUUUAAUUGUGCCAACCCUGUAAUCUCUGCUGCUGUGGUGUUACCUGGUUCUCUUUACAUGUCCCCUCUGUCUCCCUGAAGGCAGCACAAACAAACACACAAAUUGAAUAGGGAGCAAAGAACAAAGAGUGGAGUUCAUUUAUUCUGCAGCAUAGAGGGAGGGAAUUGUGUCCAGAGUAAUCGCUGAUGUUUUCUGAUACUUCAACUGUAAUGAUUGGAUCUCUCUACCUCUGCGCAGACUGAGUCAGACCUGAGCAGCCCUGGAGGAAAGGCACGCAUCAUCCACAAGGAAUCUGACAUUAUCACAGCUUUCGCCAUCAACAAGGUACAGCAGAGAUGUCGCUGACUGUUACACAAGCUGUGAGAGAGGCAUGAGGACGAGCAAAGAUAGGUCACGGAUCAAAUUCAAACCCUGUCCAUCUGAAGAAGUACAGGGCCAAAACCCAGUUCGGUUAUCUCUCUACAUAAGUUUUCUUGUGUUUUAACUCCAUUAAAUACACAACACUGUUAGUAUCAAACCCAUGAACAGUCUGACAAACUUAAAAGACAUUGAAGAGAAAAGGGUCAUAAGAAGAAACACUCAAUAUCUGAGUGUCUGAACAGAGGCAGAGGACAAAUUCCCUGUUUCAUCAACCAUGAAGUCAAUCAAAUCAUCAGUCCACAGCCAGAACUCUGUCCUUCAGAUUUUAUUACAUAGAUGGAAAAAUAAUAGACUUCUUUUUUGAUAUUAAAUAUAAAAGGUGGCACUUGAGAGUUUUCACCAAACACUCUUUAGCCCUCCUUUGCGUUUUAUAUCUUUCAGCUCAUUGUUUAGUUUUGUUUUUUGGCGCGUAACUCUGUUUUCAUUUUGAUUUAUAGCUCUCAUUUACCAGGCAGAUGUUUAAAGCUCUUAUAAAACUAAUUAUUCCACCUUGUCCAGCACGGCAGCAGAUUAACAUAAUUAACCACAAGUUUUUAAUACAAGCGAACCAUAGAGAUAGAUUUCCUGAAGAAGUUUAGACCGCAGACGCAGCUAAAGGUGUAAAUUACUAUAUGGAUGUGCAGCUGGGAAGACACCCACGGAAAAGUACACUUAUGUUGCUCCUUAAUUUCAAUUCUCUGCUCUGUGCGUGAAGUUGAUGCUGUCGACCAACAAGUACUGCACAACUGCACAAGUUCAGCUGAUUAAGUAAACAGAAUGAGAAAAACCUGAGCACAGCUUCUACAGUAUAAAGUCAAAGCACAGACCUCAAAGCAAGUAGGUUGUUGUUUUGGCCUGUAGCACAGCUCUGACACCAUGUAGCCUUUAUCAUGUUGUUUAGACCGCAGUGUCUUCACUUCAUAUAGAUUCAAGUUCACUUUGUGAUACUCCAUAGCUCUUUAUUUCAUUAUGUGUUGCUCUGCUUGUUUUCAUCUCAACAAAAAUCAAAGGAUGGUGCACCUCAGGUCAUCACUAAGAGCAGGCUGCUGUAUGGCUUUGACACCGCAGGCAGAAUAAAGUAAAGAUAAAAGUUUGUUUUUAGCUCCUUUAUGAACUGACUUUAAAAACUCUCUCCUCCCUUUUUUCUCCCCUCUGUCACCCGACUUCUGUUUUCCAUCGGACUAUCAGGCAAACCGUAAUUGCCUAGUCAUGGCCUCCACCCAUGACAUUCAGGAGCUGGAUGUGUCAUCCAUCUUGGCCACACAGAUCCUAACAUGGAUCGAUGAUGACGAGGCUGAAACUAAAGGGUAAGAGAUCAAUGCCGCGUUUGUCUGCUCAUUUGUGUGCUUGCAUGUGGAUGUUGAACUCGUCGAGGCCAUCAGCUGUGAGGGUUCAAGCAGAGUACCAUCAAGUCAAAUCUUCACCCUCGUACCAACAGAGCCAAAUUUGAGAGUGGGUGUUUAACAGAUUGAUCGUGUAGGUGGAGUAAAUGCUGCAUUGUGUGUUUAGGUUUGAAUGUGCAGCUUUGUAAACUUGUGUCUGUAUAUAACUGUCUUUAAGAUAUUAGUAAAAGAUGCUAGCAUGUUUAAAUGGAGUUCCUGCACAUACUCACUGCUGUUAUUUCAUUAUUUAUAAAUUAACAAAUUAUAAAAACACAUAUAUCUAUUUAUGCACCAAAAACCUUUGGUAUCCUCUUCCUCUCAAUAGUUCAUCCAUUAAAUUGACAUCACAACCUUGAUUAUCAUCUGUCUCUGCAGUGUUGGCGGGGAUGACUUCCUGGUGAUUCAUGCACGUGACGAUUGCGCCGCCCUCCACGGCACCACACCGUACACCCACAGUAGCCUGGGCACGCCCAUCAACAUGCCGUGGUUAGGAGGCGUACAGACGGGACGGGGUGCAUCUGUGGUGAGCUCUAGACCUGAAUUCGUAUGUCAUGAUUUUAACUAAACUAAGUGUGAGUCUCUUGUUUGCUGCAUUUGUUCCUUAAAAGGCUGUUCCUGUUAUUUGGUGGUUCAAGAGCCAUUAGCAGCUCAUUUCUUGUAUCAAUCAAUCAAUCAAUCAAAUUUUAUUUAUAUAGCACUUUACAAUAUCCCAAAUGGUACCCAAAGUGCUUUACAUAAAAGCAAUAAAAUAACACAAGAAAAAAUACCAUUAUAAAAUAAUACAAUAGAAUAGAAUAAUACAAGAACGAUGAAAUAAUAAAAAUGAAUAUGAAAAUAAAAUAAUACAAUAAAAUAGUAUGUAGAAGUGCUAAAAACCUAUAAGUACAGGACUACCUAGUCAGAGUUAAAAGCAAGUCUAAAAAGGUGCGUCUUUAACUUUGAUUUAAAUAAACUGAGGUCAGUGGUGGUGCGUACAUCUAGCGGCAGUCUGUUCCACAGCCUAGGAGCUGCAACAGCAAAAGAACGAUCACCCCACUGUUUGAGUUUUGACCUCGGGACCUCCAACAGGCGCUGACCGGAGGAACGGAGGGCCCUGCCAUGACCGCGAACAGUUAAAAUCUCUGACAGGUAGGAGGGGGCCAGGCCAUUUAUGGCAUAAAAAGUAAAUAAUAAAAGUUUAAAGUCAAUUCUAAAACAAACUGGAAGCCAGUGUAGCGAAGACAGCACAGGGGUGAUGUGUUCACGCCUAGACGUGCCCGUUAAAAAUCGUGCAGCAGCGUUCUGUACAAGCUGGAGACGGGAGAUUAAAGACUGGCUGAGGCCAACAUAAAGGGCAUUACAAUAGUCCAGUCUGGAACUGAUGAAGGCAUGGAUUGCCUUCUCGAGGUCCUGCCGACUUAAAAAGGACUUCACUUUGGCCAGGAGACGCAGUUGAAAAAAGCUGGUACUGACGACAGAUCUAAUCUGUUUAUCGAACUUAAGUCCACUGUCAAAUGUUACCCCCAGAUUCUUUACAUGUGGCUUGAAAAAAGGCGCCAGAUUUCCAGAGUCUGUAAUCGAAACGUUUGAUAUCGAUGGCGUGCCAAAUAAAAUACACUCAGUUUUGCUGUCAUUUAGGUGCAAAAAGUUCAGAGCCAACCACUGUUUUACUUCAGUAAUACAGUCCAGUAAGUGAGAAAGUGCACUGUUCUCGUUGGGUCGCAUGGGCAAAUAUAACUGUAAGUCAUCAGCAUACGAAUGAAAAGACAGAUUGUAUUUUCUUAUAAUUGAUCCCAGGGGUAGUAAAUACAAAGAGAACAGAAUAGGGCCAAGAAUAGAGCCCUGUGGCACCCCACAAGAGAGAGGCGCCUGUGAGGAGCAGAGGUCACCAAUCAUCACGGAAAAACUCCUAUCUGCCAGGUACGACUUAAACCAUUUGAGAGCGGUGCCACGGAUGCCUACAUACUGCUCAAGGCGAGAUACAAGGAUUGCAUGAUCGACUGUAUCAAAAGCCGCUGUGAGGUCCAGCAGGACCAGCACAGCGGGGUUUCCAGCAUCCACGGACAGGGCAAUAUCAUUAUGUACCUUUAACAGUGCUGACUCAGUGCUAUGUCGAGACCUGAAACCAGACUGAAAUUUAUCAAGAACAGAAUUUACCUCUAAAAAUGCAUGCAAUUGAAAGGAGACAACUUUUUCCAAAACCUUAGAAAGAAAUGGCAGGUGGGAGACAGGCCUAAAAUUGGACAGCACAGUGGGGUCAAGAUGCGUUUUUUGAGGAGGGGCCUAACCACAGCAUGUUUGAAAGCAGCUGGGACAGACCCUGAGCUAAGACAGGUGUUGAUAAAAAACAGCAAGCUUGAUCCAACAGAACUAAAUACCUCCUUUAGAAACUUGGCUGGAAUAAUGUCUAAGGGACAGUUAGUGGGUUUUUAAGCCACUAACCACCUUAGUGAGAGACGGCAGAGAAAUUGUUUCGAAGUUCUCAAAAACAGCAGAUAGUGCAGGAGGAGUACACACAUCAUUGGGGGACGUUAACAUAUAACUGAUAUUCUGCCUGACUGAUGCCACUUUGUCUAUGAAGAAAGAGGCAAACUCUUCACAGGUGGAGGAGGAGGCAUCAGACAGGACAGUAGAGCAUGGGUUAAUAACAGAGUCAAUCGUGCUAAAUAGUACUCUCGGAUGAUUAGAGCUGUUGGCUAUAACAGAGGACAAAUAUUUGGACUUUGCCUCCUUCACAGCUCUCUGAUAAGCAGCCAAACUGUCCCUUAACCAACCCAGCGAGACAUGCAGUUUGUCCUUUUUCCACCGCCGCUCAGCCUGUCUGCAUUGUUGUCUGAGCAGACGGGUGUGGUCGUUUAACCAGGGAUCAGCCUUGGUUUUGGUGAUUUUUUUGCCGAAAAGGGGCAACAGAAUCCAGAAUUUCAGAGCAUGUAGAGUGAAAUGUGGAGAGCAGGGUGUCCGGACAGAGGGAGGGGACCAGUCCACUGUCAGCAUGCAUCUGAGAGUUCCCAAAGGCGAUAGCAAACUCUCUGGCCGUUGAUGGAGUGAAGAUACGGCGUCUACAGGCUGGGGAAAUGGGUUUGUUGGGAGGUGGGGGGGCAACAACAUCAAAAACAAUCGGAAGAUGAUCCAAGAUAGCAGUGUCGACUAUUUCUCUAAGGGAAACUGAAAGCCCACGAGAAAUGACAAGGUCAAGAGUGUGCCCGUGUUCGUGUGUUGGUGCAUUUACAGAUUGAGUGAGGCCACACGAGUCCAAAAGGCCUUUAAACUCAUUCGCAAGUUGAUUUGCUGCACAACAAACAUGAAUAUUAAAGUCCCCACAAAUCAAUAUUUUAUCAAACUUGGGAAUUACAUCAAACAAGAACUCAGAGAACUCUUGGAGAAAGUUCUUGUUAAAAUUGGGUGGGCGAUAAACUGUGGCACACAGCACAGGACACGAGAGGUCGAUCACAAACAACUGCAGCUCAAAGGUGGAGUAAUUAUUAGCCUUUAUUAUUUUGCAUCUGAAGGUCUCUUUGAAUAUAGCAGCCACACCGCCACCACGACCGGUAGCACGGGGGGUGCUGAAGAAGGAGCAGCCGGGUGGGAGGAGCUCCGAGAAAACACCGAUCUCACCUGGUUUUAACCAAGUCUCUGUCAGCAGGAGGAAAUCCAAUUCGCGGGUAGCGAAAAAGUCGUUCAAAAUAAAUGUCUUAUUCGCGAGAGAUCUGGCGUUUAACAGCGCCAUAUGAGCUGCGUAUCGACCAGUCAGGCGAGAGAAGCGGCUGAGCGGGCGGAGAUUCCCCGGCACACAGCCCCGCUGGGAGAUCCGCACUGGCCGACAACACGGGAGCAAAACCCCGGUGUCCCGGAGAACUGGCCGGAGCCAGCGAUAUCUGUACUCCGUGGAGCUCCGUAGAUCGUAUCCGUUGUAGUCUGCGAGGGAUCCAGCUGGCAAGCGACGGGGAUCGUGGACGGAAGCCAGAUAAGCUUUCACUUUAACAAGGAUCCCUCCUCGCUUUCUCCGUCUUCUGCGGCGACUUUUGCGAGGUAAGCAACAGGAGAGACGCCGAAGAUGCGGCGGUAUAGACGCCAGGAGAGGAGGCGGCGUCUUUGAAUGGCCAUCAGAGCCACAGAUUAUUGACUUUCCAACAGAGUCCCGAAUAUUAAGAAGUGUCAGGCGAUCAUACACCCGCAGCGGUGACACAAUCCGUGCAACAAACAGUGAGCACAAGAUAAACAGCAAUACAAGCAACAGUGGGAGACGGACAGCCAAACACAGGGGCGCCAUCUUGGAUCUUGGUUCCUCUUGUAGCAGUUUUCUAAGCGCUUACCUAUCGGUUUGUAGGGGUGGGAGAAAAAAUCGAUACAGCAUAGUAUCGCGAUAUUUUGUCUGGUGAUAAUAAUGGAAAAAUAAAAUCAACUGUUUGUCCAGUGAGGUUGGCAGAGGUGACAUCAUAGAGGAGAAAGUUAGUGCAACAAAUUUUUAAAAGGUUUGCAAGAUGUGCUACAUGAAAAUAUAACACAGCGUAAAUAAGACAAACAUAAAGGAAAGACAAAUGCUAAAUUAGCUAAACAGUUGAUAAAAAUUAUGGAAAUGGCAAUAUAUCGUAUCUCAAUACUCACUGUAUUGCAAAAUGUUGAAAAUCGCGAUUAAUAUCGUAUCGUGGCCCAAGUAUUGUGAUAAUAUCGUAUCGUGGGGCCUCUGGUGAUUCCCACCCCUAUCAGUUCGGUUGGCUAGUAUGCAUACAGUAACUGCACAACAUAUCAUCAAACAGAGUAUCUGACAAAGUUUGUUCGAAACCUAAAAAAACAGCCGAAAGGAUCCCUGAAUAUUCCACAGUGAACGAUUUGAUCAUUACUUUUGCUUCGGUAUGCUCUUUACUCCAGUUCUGGGGUGAACUGAUGCUGUUUGUUGCUCUGGCUCUCUCCCACUUUGCACGUAAAGUGAAACCCUCCGAGCUGUUUAAAGAACUUUAAUUAAUAAUUCAUCUUUGUAUGGGCUCAGUUUGCCAAAAGCAUCAUGGCUGCUAACAUAAGCUCCCCUCAUUGACUUACAAAGGAACAAAGAUGUUGCUGACUGCUGCAGCUUGUGAGACAGUAGACCCAGACCUCUAUCAUUUUUGUGCUUAUAUAAAAGAAAUAAGUCUGUGAGAGCUGUUCCUCUGAGCUGAGGAACUUGGCGUUUGCAUCCUUGAGGGAGGCUGAUUUGAUUCUGGUGCCUUUAAAAUUGAGUGCCUGUGAGUCAUGUUUGUUGAUAUUAACCAGCUCGCUCAUUGCUCUUGAUAUGCAGACUGGACAGUAAGAUCCACUCUGAAUACUAAUUAGUUUAUCAAACUGUCGGGCUUUGUGCUCAAGGUUGGAGAAGAACCAAUGCUGAAACAAUGAUAGAUAAAAUCCCUGGCAGACAUUUCUGUUAAUGUCUAUCUCUUUUCAGGCAGUGUUCAUAACACUGGACAAGAAUAGAAGAGAAUAGAAGUUGAGACAUGAUACAUUAUAAUGAUGUAUGUAGAUAAUGUAUGUAGAUGCCUCUCUAUAUCAUGUAGAGGAACAUUUCUGAGGCUCAAUACUUGAAAUGCUUUCACAUGUUUUGGCCUUCACUAGAGGAGGGAUUUUCUUUGUUGUCCUUUUUUCAUUUUUGUUUCUUGUGACAGAGAGUAAAAAUGGAUUUACAGCCGUGUGAUAGAUGGUAGUCAUACAGGGGGUGUUACAGUUGAAGUAUGGUCUCUGUCGUCUCUGACAUGAAUAAGGCUCCUUAGUCUUUUUGUGACGCCCUCCUCAGACUGUUUCUCUUUAGUUCUGGUGUUUAGCAGAUGGUCUUUGUUUACCACGUUUGUUCUUUUUUUUUUUUUUUUUUACCAAGGCUGAAAGACGUCAUACACCUCUCCAGUUUUCUUUUGAAGUUCAUAAAUGAAUCAUCAGUGCCACUUUGAAAAGCAAAGUUCUUCUACAAUCAUCAAACAAGCAUAAGAAUGUGUUUUUAUUCCUCUUUAUACAGGCUUCCCUUUACUUACCUUUUAAAGAGUCUUUUUUAACAAAACAACUGUAGUGCAGAAUAGGGCUGGGCAAUAAACCGAAAAUUUACAGAUACCGCUUUUUACGACAAUAACCGACAUCAUUUUGCUCAUGUCAAUAUAUUCGGUGUCAAAAUGGAUGUUUGUAGGUAGACUUUGGAUCGCAUGUCCCUUUAAGAGACAUGACUCCACCCCAUCCAGUCUGUAACAAAGAGGGGAAGACAGGUGAGGAGAUGGAGGACGGUUCAAAAGUUGUAGCGGCUAGAGCAGUCAAAGUUAAUGUGGGAGGGUGUGAGCAGCUUGUGGAGUAGCUAUCGUCCAUUUAUCGUCGUCGAUAUGAACUGCUCAAUAUAUCGUGAUAUUGAUUAGAGGCCAUAUCGCCCAGCCCUUGUGCAGAACAUUAUCAUUGCCAGGCAGUGUGACAUUUACAGUAUCAGAUAUCUUCUCAAGUUACAGCUCUUCAUAUUUCUCCAGAUUAUCAGGGAGCACAUUAAAAGGUUUGUUAAUAAGAUUUUCAGGAAAUAAAAAAGUGAGAAAAAAACACCUCUCCUACUGCAAGGAAUGGUGUUUCUAUUUCAUCCACCGAGCAAUGCACAAAUCACAUCUUAAUCUGUAGGGAAGUCAGUCUACCCUUCUCAUAAAUCUCCUCAAUAACUCUGAACCAUUUAUCUACCGUGGAGGCAUCAGUCUGUAACUGUUUGUGCAGCAACAGUAAAUAAUUUCAGGAGCUAUCAGGUCUUUCCUGUUCCUCCUUCGAGCAGAUUUAAUCCAAAUGGAGUAAAGUCCAAACUUGAACCACCGUAUAAACAAUCCCUCACUUUUAAAUUUUGGAUUCCCAAGAGCAAUGAAACAUUUAUUCAUAAAACAGCUUUUCACAAAACUGCCAACCCAAUAUCAGAUCCUUUUGUGCCUGUGUGUGUUGCCAGACUUGCAGAAAAACUCUGUAAUAACCGAGGGAACUGAUGAGAAAGUUUCUGUUUGGGUAUCGACCAGAACAUUUCAUUCAUUAAAUCAGGCCUCAACUGCGGGUUAACCUUCAGAAUGGUUAUUGAUUUCGCCUCGGUCCUUUCUGUAAAAUCCCUUUUCUAUUUGAGUGAGGCCGCUCUAUUGAAAUGAGAUUUUAAAAAACUGAUAUUAUUUCAACAGAGGAAGCUAGGAGCGAGUGUAUUUUUAUGUGUACAGUGUGCGUCUUCUCUGUUGUGAAGAAUGAGCCUUAACCGAAACAAGAGCCUGUAUUGUUUCCCACUUUUAGUCAUCUCCCCUCUUCGCUUUCCUUCACUCCCAGAUGAUCAAGAGAAAUAUCAACAACGUGAGACGAAUGACCUCCCAUCCCACGCUGCCCUACUGUAAGUAUGACUCUGAUGUCUGUCAGUAAAUCAGAGGAGCAUUUACCUCAUAGAAGUGCUUUCAGCGCUUCAUAUUUCUGCUUUGGAAAAGAGCCUUGUGGGGGAGAUUACAUCACCCCAAAAGUUUCUCUUGUUUAGGUAUUUUUAUAGUUAUUUCUCCUCUGGCCCACUGGUGCUGUUGGUUUAGACACGGCUGAAAGAGCGCUACAUAUCACUACCUUGUUUUCUCCAGUCAAACAGCAGAGUGGGGAUUAGGUUGUGAGGUGUCGUGAGAACCACUCUUGAAGCUUGUGUGAAAUAAACAUCAUUUAUAAAUAAAUAGAUGAUAUUUUUAAGGGGGGGAGGGAGAAAGACAUGCCAGAACCUCGUGUUGGGACCAGGGCACUCUUGGAGAUGCCAAUAAAGAGACAUUUCGUUUUCCUUUUCUAUUUUCAGACCUGACUGGAGCUCAGGACGGGAGCGUAAGGAUGUUCGAGUGGGGUCACUCCCAGCAGAUCAUCUGCUUCAGGAGUCCGGGAAACUCCAGAGUCACCAGGAUACGAUUCAACCACCAGGGAAACAAGGUGAGAGAAGUGGCAAUCACUCUGCGCCCACUCAGGACAUUGAACACCAGACACAAGUCAAACUAUUUUUACCUUUGCGACAUGACUGCGUUGUGAUGUGAGCCUGUCAGACGAAGCAACAUUUUCACACCUCCUCUCCCAACGCUGCCAUUCAGGCACGAAACACAGUGGGGAGUUUGGCUUCAGCACACAUUGUUCCUCAGCUGAGUGAUUCGAGUGCUCUAAACUCAAGGCGCUCGCCUCAAGCUAAUAAUUUUCUCAGAUGUUGCUUCUCUUGUGCCAGUACAAGCUUAUCUGCCUGUUCUGGCAAAAAAAGAGGGAAAUAUGCUCAAAAAAAAUCAUGCAGAGUGCUUGGAUUCAGUUAUGUAAGCAGUACUUGGACUUGUGAGGCGUGUUUGGGGAGAUAAUUUGAACACAAUAUAAAUCACCUAGAAGGGAGUGAAGGAUCUCAACAGGAGAGGAGGAGCAGCUGACGAGUCUUUUUUUUUGUCUUGUUAAUUGAAACAUAAUUUUGACUGAGUUUGCGUCACCUUAUAUCUGAAUGUUUUUGUCCAGUUUGGUAUUGUAGAUGCUGACGGAGGUCUGAGUCUCUGGCAGACCAACACCAGUGGAAACACACCCAAACCAUACCUGGUAAGAAAAGCCUCACAGAGCUGAUUAAUGUGCUGCUGUCUCUCUUUCUGUCUUUCUUUCAAGUCUGGGCCUUUCUCGUGUCCUCUCGCCUCUGUCCUGUCAUUCUCGUUUUUGUUUACCCCUCUCCAGCUCCUCUAUUACUGUCUCUUUUGCUAACCGUCUUCUUUGUUUCUCCCUGCCAGACGCUGCAGUGCCACAACAAGACAGCUCACGACUUUGUCUUUGUGGGCUCCUCCUCACUCAUCGCUACUGCCGGUCUCUCAACAGACAACAGGUAGAGGAGAAAUUCCUCCCAGUCUCUCUGAAGAAAUACUUUUUCAUGAAUAUUUAAUUAAAUUCUAUCUUUUGUCAUUCAGCUUCAAUAUGGUGUGUCCAGUGGAGUUACUGCUAUAUGGCCUUUGGUUAGCUGUCUGAAAGUGUAGUGAUUCAGCUUUGUUUGUUUCACAGAAAUGUGUGUCUGUGGGACACUCUGGUUACUCCUGUGAACAGCCUUGUCCAUGGUAAGAUGCAGCAUGAACAAAUAAAUACUCUUUCUGUUCUUGUGAUUUUUAGUUUUUCUACUGUAACUAACAAUUUGGAGAGUUUAGUAAUUGUGAAAGGAAUUUUUCAAGCAUAAAGGCUAAAACAUACAGGAUCCGUAUUGAGUACGUAACAUCAGCGUCACAUAUUACGCAGCAAAUAGUUUGCAAUUUUAAUCAAUGAAGUAUCGCACACAGGACGCGUAUCAGCUCCGUCGCAGAAGCGUGUCAAGUGCGGCUCUGUUAAAGAUACACGCCGAGUCUACUUUUGGUGUUCCACGCUUCCAACACGCAUCAAUUUACACAGAGAAGAUCGUUCUAGUCAGAAUGUCAAGCACAAAAACCCCAAAUGUCAUCCGGUAAAUUUCAAAAUAAAACAUCAUAUGCGAACUCACAAGUGUGUAUCAGUUUGUGCAGAUGAGAAAUACUUCCUGGUUAUGGAUUUAUCAGUAAAACAGAACAAUCUGAUGGUCAAUCCCUGAUCCAUGUGGACCCCAACAGGACUUUUAACUGCUAACUCUGUCUGAGGGUAACAACACAGCAUAAAGGAACAAAGUUUACUUUAUUAAACACGAGUAAACCUGCAAAAAACGAAACUGUAAAACCGUGUUGCUUUUUCACAUACAGUAGAGGCUCAACGGUCGAUGAAUUAUAUCCAAAUUAGCAGGAAAUAGACCACAGAAAGGCAAAACAACCUGUUGUGAGCAUGUUGUUUCCUCUAGCUCAGCUGAACAGGGAUGCACCACGCUGCUGCCAUGCUCGAAAUACGCAUCCUGUAUGUGAUACCCAGGGCUGCUCUACAGAGCAAAUACUGAACCCGCUCAAUACAGAUCCUUUAUGUCUUUUGGCUUACAUCCUAGCUUCGUCUGUGUGUCUAAUAUUGCACGCUUUGCAUGUUAUUGCAAAUUUAAAUUGUUUCGUCUCUCUCCCUCAUUAGCUUUCUGCUGCCACGAGUCCGGCGCCACUGUUCUGUCAAUGGCCCCCAGGCAGCAGCUCCUCAUCACAGGGGGUAGGAAGGGUUGGAUUAGUGUCCUGGAGCUUCCCCACAGGCUCCAGCGGCAGAGCUUCCAGGCGCAUGACUCGCCCGUCAAAGCGCUGGCUGUUGACCCCACAGAGGACUGCUUUAUCAGUGGAUCAUCUGAAGGCAACAUCAAGGUGUUUAUUCACAUCAUUUUGCUCGCCUAAGGUCAAUGAAAUUGGAUGAAAUACUUUCAGAGGUAAAAAAUCGGGGACAUUUAUUUGCAGUUUUUAAAGAUUUGCUCUGCUGUCCAUGAAAACCAGACAGUUUGUUCAGUUAAAAAUGUUGUAGAUCUUCAUUUAUCUUAAUUUCAGAUUAAUGCAUCAGAUUUCAUUUAGUGCUUUAUCUGAGAUCCUCAAAGCGCUUUACAUUGGAUACAUCGUUCAUUCGCACACACAGUCACACACCCCAGUGGUGGAAAAUUACCUUAGUAGUCACAGCUGCUCUGCCCUGACGGAAACAUGGCUGCCAGUUUGCACCUACGGCCUCUCCGACCACCGCCACACAACACUCACAAUCAUACACCAGUGGAGGACGCACACUAGGAGCAAGGUGGGUUAAGUGUCUUACCCAAAGACACAACGGACAGACUCAGGAUAGGGGGGAAUCGAACCGCCAACCUUCUGGUUAUAGCUCAACCGCUCUACCUCCUGAGCUGCUGCCACCCAUACUGUGAUUUGUUUGAGAACAGUUACUCUCAAAACUUUGACAUGGAUCCUGAAAAACAGUUUUGAUCAUUUCUCCCCCACAAAGUUAACUUGUACCUGACAGAACCCGCGGGGAGUUUAGCACCCAGGUGAGAAAAUCUCUGCCUGUCCUCCACAUCAGCAAUCAGAUGACGGUUGCAUUUAUCCACAGAGACAGUGAGCGCCAUCACAGUCAAUCGAAACCAAUGUCACACUCAUGAUUAACCACCUGCUCGGGACAACAGCAUGAGUGAUGGAGAGCAGAGUGUAAGGUGAAAGUAGGGUGACACGGGGGGAAGGCAAAGAAAAGCGUUUCGACCGAGCAGGCAGGAGAUGUGACCGUCUUCGGCUAAUAUAUUUCCACAGACAGCAGCUCUUUUAUCUUUUCGACUUGAAUGUGUUGGCGCAGAUCACACAGCUGUCACUCCAAGGAUGAAGCCACUGCGACACACGGAGCCGCACAAGAAAUGAUGCAGUGCACAGCUGCUUGAAAUUCAAAUGACUUUUGUUCUGGAUGAUUGCUCACCGAAAGCCCCCCAAAGCUGUGCAUGGUGGUGCUCAUCAGAAGUCAUCAAUGGUACAUUGGCUGAUUGAAAAUUUAACGUGUGUGUUGCAAACUUAUACGAUUUUAAAGUGUUUGAUGAGAGGCCACGGGAAUGGAAGAUUAAGCGGUAUGUACAGACGUCAGUCAGUGAAUUAGCUUAUCAAAUAAUACAGCUCCCAGGCUGGGAAUGCAAAUCAAACAACGCAACUUUCUCAGAGCUAAAUAUGGUUCCUGGUAGAUGCUCAACGGCUCUCACUGAACAUCUAAACCUUUAAGAGCUGGUCACAAACAUAUACUCCUUGAGAAGAGUAUUUAUUGUCGACUGUUUAGAGUGGAUUCGUACCAAAGAGGCGAUUACAGCAGGGUUGCGUGAGCUGGAUCAGUGAGGAACGAGAUGUGCAAUUCACCAGGUUGAGAUGUUUCCAUUUGAUAAUAAUGGAGCCUUAAAACUAAGAGGAAAUGAUCCUGUUUGUAGCCACUGGCUAAUUAAAUUCUUUAAAUCAUUCAAUAAAGAGAUCCCGUUUUAAAAUGGACUUACGUAACGAAGUCUGUGCCCCACAUUUUUGUUUUUUUAGCAUCUAAAAGGAGGUUAGCUCUUGCACCUCAAAAUUCUCACUGUUUGUGUUGCUAGCUAACAUGUUGCUAAAACAAGGAGGGGCUUCACAAGCGUCGCCAGAUCUGAUCAGUUCAUUUUCAAACUGAAGAGGCAAUUUAGAGAAUAGAAAGACCCUCUACAGUGCAAUAUAUCAGAGCCCCAAAACAUAUAUCAUGUUAUCAGACUUGACUUGAUUAAUCACAUUUGGUAGGCACAUUUCCAGAUGCAAAGUCGACCCACAGCGAACAACAUCCAGUCUGAGUGAUAAUGAUGUGACAGCAGAGUCAGGAUGCUCACAGUUUCUGCCAUCAGUAGUUUCUAUCCUGCUGUUGCUGUGUUGGACCCAAAUCCUGAACUCAUAGGUGUGUCUGGUGUUCAGGCAGAGUUUGUAUCUGGACAUGAUAGGGGAUCUGUCUACUGUUUACUGUUUAUGUAAAGAUUAGUCUCAGUCAGCACCAGAAUAGAGAGCAGUACUUCAUCCUGCUACAUGAGAUCAUUCAAACUGUCUUUCAAGGAUAGAUAACACUGCAGAGCACUCUUCCUCUCUGUCUGUCUGCUGAAGCUCUUUAUCAAUGUCGGUCUUUUUGCCUCAAUCAUUUAUACCCAUGAUUCUCCUGGUCUCUCUACUUUUCUCUUCAGUUUUGGUCACAUUUUCACCUUCCCUUUAGAUCUGCAGGCUGCUAUGGAUGGAUGGGAGUAUAUGUCGUGCACUUAUGCUUCCCCAUAUUGUUACCUCCGCCAAGGAGGUUAUGUUUUCGGUAGCGUUGGUUUGUUUGUUUGUUUGUCUGUUAGCAACUUUACAGAGAAAGUAACAGACGGAUUGACCUCGCCUUCUGGAUCCAGGAAUUUUUUGAAGGAUUCUUUAUCAUUGUGAGAUAGGGCAAAUUUUGGAAGUUUUGCAUUUAACUCCAUAAAAAUGGCCAGAGUCUUUAGUAAAAAAAGGAUCUCAAUAAGUUUUAUGAGGUGUCAAAGGUUGAUCCUGAUCCAGACAAAAUUCAGGAUACUGUGAUCCAGAACACACAAAAAUAAGGCUGUCGUUGGAAUUUUCCAAUGGGCGGCACAGUGGUGUAGAUGGGCGGCACAGUGGUGUAGUGGUUAGCACUGUCACCUCACAGCCAGAAGGUCCUGGGUUCGAAUCCGGGUCAGGGCAUUUGUUGUUUUAGGAACAUUAUGAACAGUGAACAUACCAGUUUAAACACAAAUAAACGUUAAUAAAAGACACGUAACAGUAAAAGUUUUGCUGUGAAUCACAAUAUAAGGGGGGACAUGAGCUGCUUGAUGGAGGUCUGCGCUCUCCGAGUGCUUUUCUAGUUAUUGAUGCUGUUGUUUUUUUAACUGUGCCCUGAUUUCAAGAGUCAAGUUUGAUUGGUCCAAUCCACAGGACAGUUUCCACUUUGCCGUAUUCUGUCUUAAAUGAGCCCAUGUUCCUAGUUGGUGUCCUCUUUGCGUGGUACAGUUUCAGUGAUGAACUGAGUCCACAGUCUGUGUUUUUAUUGUUCAUAAAACAUGACAAAUUUUCAGUUUUAACACCUGAUCCGUUGACCUUUAUGUAAUAAAUUUGGGGUUAAUAUAUUUUAAAUCAACGUUUACUAACAUGUUCCCUUUCUCUCUGGACGCUUUAGGUUUGGAGCUUGGCCACUCAGUCUCCGCUCUACACCUUUCCAAACGAACAUGCUCGCCAGUCCCUCUUCAGGAACCUCGGCACGGGCGUCAUGCAGAUCGAAGUGGGACCGGCCAAUCACAUUUUCUCCUGCGGAGCUGACGGUACCAUGAAGAUGCGGAUCCUCCCAAACCGCUUCAGUGUUGUCAACCACAACAACAACCACAGCAACCUCAAGAACGACGUCAAGUUCAUCAUCUAGACUGAAGAAAUCAGGUGUUGAAGUGAUUAGAUAAUGUGAAAUGCAUUGGGGCGGAGCUCCUAACUUUUGGAAAUACCUGCCCGGAUGCAGGGCCAUUAUUGGUUGAUUUCAGGGGAAGGACACACUGACGGAACAACAGUGUCAGUCUCAUGAAACUUUGAAGGAUGGUGUAUUUUUCACAGACUUUCACAAAGUGAGCGUGCAUCGAUCCAGGGCCUGGAAAGUGAUCUUACUCACCAUACUCAAAAACAUUGAAGCCGACCAAAACACAGGAGCGUCUACAAUUGUUAUAACGUGCGCUGAAAGCACGAGUGGGCCCUGGCUAACGAAGGACGGCACGGUCGGUCAGAAUAAACUGAAAGAGACACAGAAACAGGGCUAGACUCAGUGUCACACGGAGAGCCUUUCUUUUUGCACAGGAAGCCAAGCUGCGGUAUACCGAGAAAACUGCAGCUUUGUUCCUCUUCGACAGUUCCCUAGAAUCUCUUAGUUCACAUUACAGAGGUAGUCACGAUAUUGAAAACCCUUCAGGAAUCACUGCUGGAGUUUUCAGGCGAAAAAUCAUAGGAGGCUGUGCAUGCAGUGACUCGUAAAAGAGAAAAUGACAAACCCUUUCAGAGGUUCGACCUCAGCACAAAGCAGUUUGGCCAGUCAGGGUCACUCAAAGCACAGUGUAUCCCAUCACCAGGACUUGCGGAACAUUCUGGUAUCAAUUUUUAAUACAUGAUGAGCCAGCUUGGUUUGGAAAACAGGGGGCCAGGUGUUAGAAAACCAUCAAAACGCGUUUUAGGAAUUUCAGGAUGUCAAUUUCAUAUCACCGUUUAGUUUCAAGUUUCAGCUGUGAGCGUUUGGCUGAGGUUAACUUUGGUUUCAUAACAGAGGAAUAAUGGAUAAACAAACCAUAUCUGCUCAAUUCACAGCAAUAGUUGGGUGUUUACUUUCUGUUGGAGAUGCUGGGUGAGAAAAUAGCUCUCAUGUUUGUCCCUUAAAGAGAGACGUAAGAGGCAGCAGCUGGCUGGCUUAGCUCAAAGACUAAACAAACAAGGCUUGCUGUUUUCGGUCCGCGCUCAGCGAACUGUCUGCCAGCUGAAGCUUUAGAGUUAUCAGGCAGUUAUGGGAGCGAUGUGAUCCACCUGAGCUAUCUCUCCAACAGAAAGCAAAAAAGCAAAUUUCCCAAGAUUUCAAAAAUGUUCCUCCUCGAUUCAGGCUUGUCGAAAUAUUUGACACGAGUUAACGUUGUACCGCCUCUACCCAGCGUUUUCUUGGCUACCUGAAAGCACCAGUUCUCUAUUUGCACAUAAGCAUUAAGCUAAACUAUAUGUAGUAGGAUGCAUAUAACUUUAGGAGUGGUGAACCAUGGUAAUGAGAUCAGUUAAUAGAUUUAACCUGUGGUAUAUUCAAUAUUAAGUGUCCUUAAUCUCUAAGAACUACUUCUGCCAGUACUAUAGUACUGUUAAUCCUGAUCAUAUGGAUUAUUAUUAUUAUUAACAUUAAGUUGCACAAAGUAUGCCCGUGUUGCUAUGGGACACCAUGAUUAUUACCUUUUUCUGGCUGUGUUGUGUUUUUUUUUUUUUUUGUUGUUUUUUUGCUUUUAGUUUUUUCAAUAUAAAGUUUAACAACAUGUAGCAGGAAACUUUGCUGUUGACAAUGAAAAUGGGGUUUUGCGGGCUGGGGCUGUUAAACAACUUUAAAUGGAUAUUUUGUUGUGGAACCUUUUUUUCCAAUAACAAAGCACUUCCAUUUCAUUUCAUCCAAAGUUUUGUUUGUCAGUGGUUGAAGUCUGCUUUGGAGACGUUGUAGUUUUCCUGGUUGAAAUUCUCCGAAAUUUUCUCAUCAUUAUUUACUUUCAUAAUUUAUCAUCCGAAUGCAGCACAAAUGCCUUCGGCCCAUGCUUGGAGACUGCAGUUUAGGUUGGUUUGGAUCAUGAUGUGUCUUCCACCUUAAUAAGGAAGGCGCUCAUGAGAACUAUCCGAGCAUUGGUCAGUCCGACGAAGGCUAAUGCCUGAAGCCAGAACCUGUAGAACUGCGUGGCUGUAGGAAAAUAAACAUAGAGUGGCUUUGAUUUGAGGGGAGAGAAACUGAGGAAACUUUACAGAUGAAGCAGCUUUAUCACAUGGAUGUAAAUACAUUGAUCAUAGACUAGAUUCUCUUAAUGACUGCAUAAUCAUAAGGAGUAGUUGCAGACUAAUAGUGGGUGAUAACAUAAGCCACUUCUGAAGAACAAUAUCUGUACAAAUAAAGGUAUGUAUGUAUGAAAUAAGUCAUAUUUAGGGUUAUAGACUGAGUGCAAUGCAAGUUUGAUCUAAUUUCCUGUUUCUUCUUUUCCUAAAAUUACCCGAUAUGAAGUUCAACAGCCACAUUUUUUGUUCUUCCUCUCUAAUCAAGGUGUAAAACUUCAGUGUAAAUCUGCUGAAUAAAAUUCAAAGUCAACCUGUAUCUACUUCUACAGACACUGAAGAAUGAAACACUAUCGGAGCAACCCCUCUUUCCGACAAACACACAAUAUCAACCACAGAACAAAUGUGUUGGACAGCCUACAGGGAGGGUUUAUAACUAAAUCACUCAGCUUAGUCAAACUGAACCAAAUCAUUUACUUUAAACUCUUCCUUCCCCCCCCCUCUGGAAUCUUGCAAAUGUGAAUUUGAUCAGAUGAUUCUAAUUUUAUAAUGAAGAUAUUGUGUAAAUCAAUGUAUUAUAUACAGAAAAUGUACUGAUGUAAUAAAAAAAAAUAUGUAACGAGUACUGUUCUUGUAACAAGUCUAUCAGCAACAACAAAAAAACAUGAAGUUUUCUCUUUUUCACUCUGUGGUUAUAAAUUCCUGCAACACUGGAAAAUGUGAGCUUGUGCACACAUCUCACGGGCUGGUAAGUACUUCAGUCAUAUCAGCUCUGAAAUCAUCCUCCUGCUCUGCACUUAUUUCUUCUAAAAACCUGUUAUUUACAGUUCACAGUGGGAAAUGGCUUCGACUCUAUUUGAAGUGGCAGUUUUUUUCAAGUGAUUUACAUCUACUGAUUACAUGUAGUUUAAAAAGAAAGGGAACUUACCGUUCUGGAAACUUUCUUAAAAGAGCAAACUGUUCCCUUUCAGUCGAUUCACUCGGUACAACACAUAUAGUAUGGGAUAUCACGCCCCCGCGUGGCCUGACUGAAGACACCUUUAUUCACGCCUUUAAGGCAGAUGAUCUGUGGUGACGUCUGGGAGGCUCCGCCUGCACAUAUAUACAUGUAACACCACAGUCAUCCUUCAGUUCUUACGCUCUUCACCUCGCUGAGAACACCCCCACCGAGUCAGGCUAACUAGCUGCUGCUAGCUCAGCCUGGUCUUGUCUGUGGCAACUGCUUGAUCGACUUUAGCUCAACUGCCACUGUUGGUGUUAGCCUGCGGCUACCCAUGAAGCGCUCACUUCGUUCAGCUUCUGCGUCUUGUUAUGAGCGCAGAGUCCAUGAAUGCGAAGUCUGAAUGUUCGCCCCUGUCCUCAGGGGUGCGGCUUCUCCCUUCACGAGAAGGAUCUCCAUGAGACUCCAUGUGUGAGUCCUGUCACCGGCUUCGACGCUCAACCCUGGGAAGGUGGGUCAAGUUUGUGGAGAAAAUGCUAGGAAAAAACGCUGUUGAGCUGCACGAUCCCCUCCUCUCCGAGUCCAGAAACCCGGCCUUUCCGAGUCCGGUGGUGAGGACUUUCUGGUCAAAGGCUCAGUUGGAAACUGGGCAGACCUUGUGGAGUGUGCCGACAGGUCAGCUGGAUUUGAGCCGGGCCCCUCCAAGGGCGCUGGCCAGCCGCUAUCCAGGCUAGCUUGUUACCAGGAGGACAAUGACGUGCUGGACAUCGGCCUGGACGUGCAGGGUUUUUCGGAGGAUGAGCAGGAGCCGUUGUCUUCGCCAGUUGAUCUGGACGACACAUCCUUCCUCUCACUGUACCACUGCAGCUGAGAAACUGGAAGUAGAAUGGCCCUCUCCUCCACCGGCUCAAAAACCGUCGCGGUUCACAGGGUUUUUUCUCCCACCCGAACCGACAACUGUUAAGAACAGUUUGCCCAUGUUCCCGGAUUUUGUUGCGGAACGAACCUCGACAUGGAACAAGCCGCUGUCCAUCCGCGCCACAGUGCCCGGUUGUGGACAGUUUCUGGAUCUGGAUGGAGAUGAAUAGGUGCCUCUGCUGAAAAAGCAGAGGCAGUUGAAAGGUCCAACUUAAUGGCUCAGGGUCUGCCCCCAAA